UGAUUGGAUUGUGCAACCUCAUGCUGCUCACCAAGGAAGUGGCACCGCAGAAUGGUUCCUAUAAGUGUGUGAUUGAUGAUGAUGAAACAAGAUCUCACCAACUCACUGCAAAAACGGACGUCACGCUGGCGUCCAUAAACCUGUUUGAGGUAAGUACAAGUUCCAAUGCUUUAUUGUGCCUUUAAAUGUCAAUUUAAAAUAUGAAAUGCAUCUUUGGCUUGACAAGGGUUUCAAAAAUACAAUGACUUGUAGAAUUUCCGGUUAGAAAAAUCCAGAAAUUCCUCCAACCGGGAUUUCGGGAAACCUGGGAAUUUUGGGAAAGUUACCAGAAUUGUGCAACCCAAUGCUUGAUAUGGACGCAGUAGUUACAAGCACUGUCCACAUAACAUCACAAUAAUAUGAAAUGAUUUGGAAUAUCUAUGUGAGAAUGCUGUUCAUUGACUACAGCUCAGCGUCAACACCAUUGUGGAGCAGGUAGACAGCUUCAAGUUCCUCGGUGUCCAAAUCACUAAAGACUUCAAAUUGUCCAGACACACACGACAGCUCCUCUUCCCCCUCAGGAGGUUGAAAAAGUUUGGCAUGGGCCCUCAAAUGCUGAAAAGGUUCCACAGCUGUACCACUGAGAGCAUAUUGACUGGCUGCACACACUGCUUGGAAUGACAACAGCACCGCCCUCCAUCGCAUGGCGCUACAGAGGCUUGUGUGGACAGCCCAAUACAUCUCCGGAGCAGAGCUCCCUGCCAUCCAGGACCUCUAUACCAGAGCUCCCUGCCAUCCAGGACCUCUACACCAGAGCUCCCUGCCAUCCAGGACCUCUAUAUCAGAGCUCCCUGCCAUCCAGGACCUCUAUAUCAGAGCUCCCUGCCAUCCAGGACCUCUAUAUCAGAGCUCCCUUCCAUCCAGGACCUCUAUAUCAGAGCUCCCUGACAUCCAGGACCUAUAUAUCAGAGCUCCCUGCCAUCCAGGACCUCUAUAUCAGAGCUCCCUGCCACCCAGGACCUCUAUACCAGAGCUCCCUGCCAUCCAGAACCUCUAUAUCAGAGCUCCCUGCCAUCCAGGACCUCUAUAUCAGAGCUCCCUGCCAUCCAGGACCUCUAUAUCACAGCUCCCUGCCAUCCAGGACUCUAUACCAGAGCUCCCUGCCAUCACAACCUCUAUAUCAGAGCUCCCUGACAUCCAGGACCUCUAUACCAGAGCUCCCUGCCAUCCAGGACCUCUAUACCAAGCUCCCUGCCACCCAGUACCUCUAUAUACCAAGCUCCCUGCCAUCCAAAACCUCUAUAACAGAGCUCCCUGCCAUCCAGGACCUCUAUAUCAGAGCUCCACUGACCAUCCAGGACCUCUAUAUCAGAGCUCCCUGCCAUCCAGGACCUCUAUAUCAGAGCUCCCUGCCAUCCAGGACCUCUAUAUCAGAGCUCCCUGCCAUCCAGGACCUCUAUAUCAGAGCCCCCUGCCAUCCAGGACCUCUAUAUCAGAGCUCCCUACCAUCCAGGACCUCUAUAUCAGAGCUCCCUGCCAUCCAGGACCUCUAUAUCAGAGCUCCCUGCCAUCCAGGACCUCUAUACCAGAGCUCCCUGCCAUCCAGGACCUCUAUAUCAGAGCUCCCUGCCAUCCAGGACCUCUAUAUCAGAGCUCCCUGCCAUCCAGGACCUCUAUAUCAGAGCUCCCUGCCAUCCAGGACCUCUAUAUCAGAGCUCCCUGCCAUCCAGGACCUCUAACCAGAGCUCCCUCCAUCCAGGACCUCUAUAUCAGAGCUCCCUGCCAUCCAGGACCUCUAUAUCAGAGCUCCCUGCCAUCCAGGACCUCUAUAUCAGAGCUCCCUGCCAUCCAGGAUCAUGUUUACAGAACAGAUAUGGUUAUCUACAACCCUAACCCCUCCGGUUGAACAUAAUAUGUCAUCUACAGUUUAACCCUAUCCCCUCUGGUUGAACAUAAUAUGUCAUCUACAGUUUAACCCUAUCCCCUCUGGUUGAACAUACUAUGUCAUGUACAGUUUAACCCUAUCCCCUCUGGUUGAACAUACUAUGUCAUGUACAGUUUAACCCUAUCCCCUCUGGUUGAACAUACUAUGUCAUGUACAGUUUAACCCUAUCCCCUCUGGUUGAAUAAACUACUGCCUAUUCAGGAAGUAAACUGAACAUUCCGUUCCAAUUCCUGUUUUCCUCAGUGACUCUCUAUGAGGGUUUAUGAUUUGAUCUUGGUACAUUAGUUAGAUGUGACCUCGGUACACAUGCAGAAGCACACAUAAUAUGUGAUUUCAUACAAAACAGUGCAUUCGGAAAGUACUCAGACCCAUUCACUUUUAUACAUUUCGUUACAUUACAGCCUUAUUCUAAAAUGGAUUACAUUGUUUUUUUCCUUCAUCAAUCUACAUACAAUACCCCAUAAUGACAAAGCAAAAAUAGGUUUUUAGAUUUUUUUUGCAAAUGUAUAAAAAAUGAAAACUGAAAUAUCACAUUUACGUAAAUAUUCAGACCCUUUACUCAGUACUUUGUUGAAGCACCUUUGGCAGCGAUUACAGCCUCAAGUCUUCUUGGGUAUGACGCUACAAGCUUGGCACACCUGUAUUUGGGGAGUUUCUCCCAUUCUUCUCUGCAGAUCCUCUCAAACUCUGUCAUGUUGGAUGGGGAGCAUCGCUGCACAACUAUUUUCAGGUCUCUAUAGAGAAUUUCGAUCGGGUUGAAGUCCGGGCUCUGGCUGGGCUACUCAAGGACAUUCAGAGACUUGUCCCGAAGCCACUCCUGUGUUGUCUUGGCUGUGUGCUUAGGGUCAUUGUCCUGUUGGAAGGUGAACCUUCGCCCCAGUCUGAGGUCCUGAGCACUCUGGAGCAUGGAGCAGGUUUUCAUCAAGGAUCUCUGUGUACUUUGCUCUGUUCAUUUUUCCCUCGAUCCUGACUAGUCUCCCAGUCCCUACCACUGAAAAACAUCCCCACAGCAUGAUGCUUCCACCACCAUGCUUCACUGUAGGGAUGGUGCCAGGUUUCCUCCAUAUGUGACACUUGGCAUUCAGGCCAAAGAGUUCAAUCUUGGUUUCAUCAGACCAGAGAAUCUUGUUUCUCAUGGUCUGAGAGUCUUCAGAGCUCUGUCAGAGUGACCAUCGGUAUCUUGUUCACCUCCCUGACCAAGGCCCUUCUCCCCCGAUUGCUCAGUUUGGCCGAGCGGCCAGUUCUAGGUAUAUUCUUGGUGGUUCUAAACUUCUUCCAUGUAAGAAUGAUGGAGGCCACUAUGUUCUUGGGGACCUUCAAUGCUGCAGAAAUGUUUUGGUACCCUUCCCCAGAUCUGUGCCUCGACACAAUCCUGUCUCGGAGCUUAACGGACAAUUCCUUUGACCUCAUGGCUUGGAUUUGCUCUGACAUGCGCUGUCAAUUGUGGGACCUUAUAGACAGGUGUGUGCCUUUCCAAAUCAUGUCCAAUCAAUUUAAUUUACCACAGGUGGACUCCAAUCAAGUUGUAGAAAAAUCUCAAGGAUGAUCAAUGGAAACAGGAUGCACCUGAGCUAAAUUUCAAAUCUCAUAGCAAAGGGUCUGAAUACUUAUGUAAAUAAGGUAUUUCUGUUUUUUAUCUUUAAUACAUUUGCAAAAAUUUAUAAAAACCUGUUUUCCCUUUGUCAUUAUGGGGUAUUGUGUGUAGAUUGAUGAGGAAAAUGUUUUAUUUAAUCAAUUUUGGAAUAAGGCUGUGACGUAACAAAAUGUGGAGAAAGUGAAAGGGGUCUAAAUACUUUCCGAAUGCACUGUAUUUACAAAAUGUUUUAAUGUACCUGAAUUGAUUGAAUGGAAAUUGAAUUAACCCCAACCUUCCUUACCUCUUUCCCCAUCCGUCCCAAUGUGAUGUGUCCCAGCUGGAGGCGAUGGUGAGGAGGAACUGAGGGAACAGGAUGACUCUGGUGGCUCUCUGCUCCACCACGCUGCUGGUGCAGGAAACAUCCCUGUUAUCAGGUUCAUCUGCAGCAACACACACAGAGAUGGUGAGGCGUCACACACACACACACACACAGACACAAGCACGCACGCACGCACACACACACACACAGACACGUACACGCAUACACACACACAGCAUCACAGCCAGCGAUGGUGAGGCUCCCAUCCUACAAGGACAAGAAGGCUGCCAGUAUGAUGUAGAUUAACUUUAGUGAAAUUGUUCCUUUUAAUUUAUUUAAAAAAAAAAUGUUCUCAUGUUUCCUCAUCUUAAUAUAUGUUUGUAUGUGUGUGUGUGUGCGCACGCGCUUGAGUGUGUGUGUAUGUGUAUGUUAUUAUUAUUGUUUUUUUAUUAUAUAUUUACAGUGUAUAUAUAUAUUUUAUUUGUCAUUUAGCAGACGCUCUCAUCCAGAGCGACUUACAGUUAAUGAGUGCAUACAUUAUUAUUAUUUUUUUUAUUUUUAUACUGGCCCUCCGUUUAUGCGUCUGUCUAUUAAUUUGUGCGUCCUUCCUCUGUCUUCUCUUCCCAGAGGGGAACCUGUACGAUGACGAGGGGUCUAUGCCGCUGCACUGGGCUGUGCAGAGGAACCAAUCAGAGAGCUGCAGGGCUCUGUUAGAGCUGGGGGCCGAACCCAACGUCCUCAACAAGGCCCUGAUGUCACCGCUACACCUGGCGGUCAGCCAAACACACAAUCAUCUGGUCGAGGUGAGACACCAUGAUCCUUAGUUCCCCCCUGUAACCACUCCCCCCCAGCCUUCCCCUUCUCCUAAACAGCCUUGGGUCUCUCCUACACCUAGAGGUGAGCUACCCUUACCUUCCUUUCCUGCCCCACCAACUCCUCCAACAGCCCCUACUGCCUUACCAUGGCCUUUUCAUUCCGUCCUUGUCCUAAACCAGCGGUGUCAAAGUCAUUUUGCCUCGGAGGCCACAUUCGGUCUUCAACGAGGUCCAGAGGGCCGCACUGAAAAUGACUUAUAUUUCCUCGCCAUUAAAAUUUGCAAAAAAUAGUCCCCUGCCAGUUUGGGGAAUAUUUUUUUCUCCAGCUUUCUUAACUGUGCUUUUUGUAUUUAUUUUUGUAUUUUACCAGAUCUUAGAUAUUUUUAUUUUACCAGGUAAGUUGACUGAGAAAACAUUCUCAAUUACAGCAACGACCUGCGGGAUACUUACAGGUAUGGAGGAGGGGGGAUGUCACGUUUGUUGAAUGACGGGUCAGACCAAGGCGCAGCGUGAUAUGCGUACAUGUUUAUUAACAUAAUAAACAACACGACAAAACAACAAAGGAAACGAAACAUAAAGUCCAAGGUAGUACAGAACAACAAACCUUACACGGAACAAGAUCCCACAUCUAGACAGUGCCACUAGGCUGCCUAAGUAUGGUCCCCAAUCAGAGACAACGAGCGACAGCUGCCUCUGAUUGGGAACCACACCGGCCAACAUAGAUCCACACAUACUAGAUCCUAUAACAUAGAACAAGCACAACAAGGAAUAUACACACCCUGACUCAACAUAUAAGCGUCCCCUGAGUCAGGGCGUGACAGGGGAUGAAUGAGCCAAUUGGAAGAUGGUGAUUAUUAGCGCACUGGAUACAGUCAAUAAACUGUAUGAAUUUAGCUCCAUUAUCAUUUCUACACAGUUCUGUAGUUGAUAUUAAAAUUAUGUGCAAUAAUAUAAAACUGCAUUCAUCAAUCUGAGUCCAUUAUGAUGUGAAUAAAUGCUAUAGGCCAUAAACGUAUGCUGAUGAAUCUAGCCAGUUUGGGAGUCUACGCAGCAACGCUCGGACACUAUAAUGACAUUUGUUCUAAGAUACCUUUAUGGUAUUAUUAAGAGGCUUAUGGGACUUACAGUGCCUUGUAAAAGUAUUCAUCCCCCUUGGCGUUUUUCCUAUUUUUGUUGCAUUACAACCUGUAAUUUAAAUAGAUUUUUAUUUGGAUUUCAUGUAAUGGACAUAAACAUAAUAGUCCAAAUUUGUCACGGUUUCGGCCGAGGCUGCUCCUCCUCCUUGCUCGGGCAGGUUUCGGCGGUCGUCGUCCCCGGAGUACUAGCAGCCACCGUUGUAUGUUUCAUGUUCGUUUGGUUUUGUCUUGAUGUUGUACACCUGUUUCUAGUUAGUCUUCAUUAGUGUCCUAUUUAGUUCUCGUUGUGUGUGUCAGGUGUUGUGUGUGAUUACGCUUCUGUUUGGUGUUCUGUGCUACGUGUUUCCCUCCGUUGUUUGGAGAGGUUUUCGCACAUGUUAGUGCGCCUAUUGUUUGACGCCUGUGUGCGCCUUUAUUUCGCCUCCGGGCUUGUUGGGCUCGUGUACUAUGUGAAUAUUUCACUAAAGUCUUUUGGACUUUGUUUCUGCGUCCUGCGCUUGAUUCCUGCACCACACCCACCUUCAGCACCCGUGACAAAAUUGGUGAAGUGAAAUGAAAAUAAUAACUUAUUUCAAAAAAUUCAAAAAAAUAAAUAACGGAAAAGUGGUGCGUGCAUAUGUAUUCAACCCCCUUUGCUAUGAAGCCCCUAAAUAAGAUCUGGUGCAACCAAUUACCUGCAGAAGUCACAUAAUUAGUUAAAUAAAGUCCACCUGUGUGCAAUCUAAGUGUCACAUGAUCUGUCACAUGAUCUCAGUAUAUAUACACCUGUUCUGAAAGGCCCCAGAGCCUGCAACACCACUAAGCAAGGGGCACCAUGAAGACCAAGGAGCUCUCCAAACAGGUCAGGGACAAAGUUGUGGAGAAGUACAGAUUAGGAUUAGGAUUGGGUUGUAAAGAAAUAUCAGACAUUUUGAACAUAGGGCCACCUACCAAAACUCACGGACCAGGCAAGGAGAGCAUUAAUCAGAGAGGCAACAAAGAGACCAAAGAUAAGGAGCUGAAGGAGCUGCAAAGCUCCCCAGCGGAGAUAUGAGUGUCUGUCCAUAGGACCACUUUAAGCCAUACACUCCACAGAGCUGGGAUUGCUGUGGCCAGAAAAAAGCCAUUGCUUAAAGAAAAAAAGAAGCAAACAUGUUUGGUGUUCGCCAAAAGGCAUGUGGGAGACUCCCCAAACACAUGGAAGAAGGUUCUCUGGUCGGAUGAGACUAAAAUGUAGCUUUUUGGCCAUCAAGGAAAACGCUAUGUCUGGUGCAAACCCAACACCUCUCAUAACCCCAAGAACACAAUCCCCACAGUGAAGCAUGGUGGUGGCAGCAUCAUGCUGUGGAGAUGUUUUUCAUCGGCAGGGACUGGGAAACUGGUCAGAAUUUAAGGAAUGAUGGAUGGCGCUAAAUACAGGGAAAUACUUGAGGGAAAUCUGUUUCAGUCUUCCAGAAAUUUGAGACUGGGACGGAGGUUCACCUUAAUAAUAAAUAAUAUGCAAUUUAGCAGACGCUUUUAUCCAAAGCAACUUACAGUCAUGCGUGCAUACAUUUUUGUGUAUGGGUGGUCCCGGGGAUCAAACCCACUACACUAGCGUUACAAGUGCUGUGCUCUACCAGCUGAGCUACAGAGGACAAUGACCCUUCCAGCAGGACAAUGACCCUAAGCAUACUGCUAAAGCAACACUCGAGUGGUUUAAAGGGAAAUGUCUUGGAAUGGCCUAGUCAAAGCCCAGACCUCAAUCCAAUUGAGAAUCUGUUGUAUGACUUAAAGAUUGCUGUACACCAGCGGAACCCUUCCAACUUGAAGGAGCUGGAGCAGUUUUGCCUUGAAGAAUGGGCAAAAAUCCCAGUGGCUAGAUGUGCAAAGCUUAUAUACCCCAAGAGACUUGCAGCUGUAAUUGCUGCAAAAGGUGGCUCUACAAAGUAUUGACUUUGGGGGGGUGAAUAGUUAUGCACGCUCAAGUUUUCUUUUUUUUGGCCUUAUUUCUUGUUUGUUUCACACAAAAAAAUACGUUGCAUCUUCAAAAGUGUUAGGCAUGUUGUGUAAAUCAAAGGAUACAACCCCCCCCCCCCAAAAUCAAUUUUAAUUCCAGGUUGUAAGGCAACAAAAUAGGAAAAAUGCCAAGGGGGGUGAAUACUUUCGCAAGCCACUGUAUGAGCUGUCUAUAGCUAUUAUAGUCCAUACAUCUUAGCCAGAGAUGUAAAGUUUGAACCUGUGCAUAAUCUAAUGCUAAGUGUAUAGUGUAGAUAACAUAACCAAUAUACUCUAAUGCUAAGUGUCUUCAGAAUAACAUGGCUUCACAUGUCUUCAGGAUAACCUCUAAAUGUGUCUGAUAAUCACAGGAGGCUUGAGGAUACAAGAUUAUCAAACAUAAAAAGAGAUUAAAUAACCUAAAUAACCUAUCAAUCUAAAACUAUGGCCUUACACCAGGAGAUUGCAUUGCAGCGUCUCCAUGAACAAAGUUUCAACGCCUCUUUUAUUCUUCCAGAGCACCAAACCUCAGUAUCUAAUUAACAUCACUUUGCUUAAAAACAUCACACUCAUUCUUGAACCUAAUCAUCACAACUCUUUUCUAAAUGAUUGGAGUGCACAUCUGUGUCGCUCCCUCUUUGAACUGACCACCAUCUGACAAACAGAAUAACGCAGUAACUCUGUAUAAAGGAAUCCAUACCACUUUCAGUACAAUAAAACAUAUAAGAAUGUGUAGCUCUUUAUGAACUCUUUUUGAAACAAAACCAAACAAGACAAUUUAAUUCACACGGUAAAACAAAUUUAGUCAAUUCAACUUUUCAUCUGUCUUCACAGCUCCAGUGGUGUCCAUGGAUAAUGUGUGUUUGACUCUUGUGUUAGCCAACAUACAGUAUGGUCAGCCAUCUGGACAAUGUCAUUAAUGGUGAUUGAGUCAAGUCAAAUCCAAUCAAAUUGUAUUAGUCACACGCGCCGAAUACAACAGGUGUAGAACCUACAGUGAAAUGCUUACUUACAAGCCCUUAACCAACAAUGCAGAUUAUAGAAAAAUAAGUGUUCAGUAAAAAAUAGAUAACUAAAAAAUAACAAAUAAGGGAGUCAAUAUACAGGCUAUAUACAGGGGGUACCGGUACAGAGGCAAUAUACAGGCUAUAUACAGGGGGUACCGGUACAGAGUCAAUAUACAGGCUAUAUACAGGGGGUACCGGUACAGAGUCAAUAUACAGGCUAUAUACAGGGGGUACCGGUACAGAGUCAAUAUACAGGUUAUAUACAGGGGGUACCGGUACAGAGGCAAUAUACAGGCUAUAUACAGGGGGUACCGGUACAGAGGCAAUGUGCACCGGUUAGUCGAGGUAAUUGAGGUAAUAUGUACAUGUGGGUAGAGUUAAAGUGACUAUACAUAGAUAAUGUCCAGCGUCGUCCAGGGUAGGGGAGGGAAUGGCCAGCAGGGAUGUAGCUCAGUUGGUAGAGCAUGGCAUUUGCAACGCCAGGGUUGUGGGUUCGAUUUCAGUAUGAAAAAAUAAAUAAUAAUGUAUUACAGACUCACUAAGUCUGUAAGAAGUCACUCUGGAUAAGAGCGUCUGCUAAAUGACUAAAAUGUAAAACAUUUAAUAAUAAACAGAGUAGCAGCAGUGUAAAAUAGGGUGUGGGGAGGACAAUGCAAAUAGUCCGGGUAGCCAUGAUUAGCUGUUCAGGAGUCUUAUGGCUUGGGGGUAGAAGCUGUUAAGAAGCCUUUUGGACCUAGACUUGGCGCUCCGGUACUGCUUGUCGUGCGGUAGCAGAGAGAACAGUCUAUGACUAGGGUGGCUGGAGUCUUUGACAAUUUUUAGGGCCUUCCUCUGACACCGCCUGGUAUAGAGGUCCUGGAUGGCAGGAAGCUUGGCCCCAGUGUUGUACUGGGCCGUAUGCACUACACUCUGCCUUGCGGUCGGAGGCAGAGUGGUUGCCAAACCAGGCAGUGAUGCAACCAGUCAGGAUGCUCUCGAUGGUGCAGCUGUCUAACUUUUUGAGGAUCCGAGGACCCAUGCCAAAUCUUUUCAGUCUCCUGAGGGGGAAUAGGCUUUGUCGUGCCCUCUUCACGACUGUCUUGGUGUGUUUGGACCAUGAUAGUUUGUUGGUGAUGUGCACACCAAGGAACUUGAAGCUCUCAACCUGCUCCACUACAGCCCUGUCGAUGAGAAUGGGGGCGUGCUCGGUCCUCUUCUUUUUCCUGUAGUCCACAAUAAUCUCCUUUGUCUUGAUCACGUUGAAUGAGAGGUUGUUAACCUGGCACCACACGGCCAGGUCUCUGAUCUUCUCCCUAUAGGCUGUGUCAUUGUUGUUGGUGACCAGGCAUACCAUGGUUGUGUCAUCAGGAAACUAAAUGAUGAUGUUGGAGUCGUGCCUGGCCAUGCAAUCAUGGGUGAACAGGAAGCACAGGAGGGGACUGAGCACGCACCCCUGAGGGUUCCCCAUGUUGAGGAGCAGAUGUUUUGUUACCUACCCUUACCAUCAGGAAGACCAGGAUCCAGUUGCAGAGGGAAGUGUUUAGUCCCAGGGUCCUUAGCUUAGUGAUGAGCUUUGAGGGCACUAUGGUGUUGAACGCUGGUCUUUAGUCAAUGAAUAGCAUUCUCACGUAGGUGUUCCUUUUGUCCAGGUGGGAAAGGGCAUUGUGGAGUGCAAUAGAGAUUGUGGAUCUGUUGGGGUGGUAUGCAAAUUGGAGUGGGUCUAGGGUUUCUGGGAUAAUGGUGUUGAUGUGAGCCAUGACCAGCCUUUCAAAGCACUUCAUGGCUACAGACGUGAGUGCUACGGGUCUGUAGUCAUUUAGGCAGGUUACCUUAGUGUUCUUGGGCACAGGGACUAUGGUGGUCUGCUUGAAACAUGUUGGUAUUACAGACUCAGUCAGGGACAGGUUGAAAAUAUCAGUGAAGACACUUGCCAGUUGGUCAGCGCAUGCUCGGAGUACAUGUCCUGGUAGUCCAUCUGGCCCUGCGGCCUUAUGAAUGUUGACCUGCUUAAAAGUCUUAUUCACAUCGGCUACGGAGAGCGUGAUCACGCAGUCGUCCAGAACAGCUGAUGCUCUCAUGCAUGCUUCAGUGUUGCUUGCCUCGAAGCAAGCAUAGAAGUAAUUUAGCGCGAAUGGUAGGCUUGUGUCACUGGACAGCUCGCGGCUGUGCUUCCCUUUGUAGUCUGUAAUAGUUUGCAAGCCCUGCCACAUCCGACGAGCAUCAGAGCCGGUGUAGUACGAUUCAAUCUUAGUCCUGUAUUGACUCUUUGCCUGUUUGAUGGUUCGUCGGAGGGCAUAGCGGUAUUUCUUAUUAGCGUCCGGGUUGGAGUCCCGCUCCUUGAAAGCGGCCGCUCUACCCUUUAGCCUGUUGCUUCCUUCUUUAGUGUUUGCAUGUAAGCAGGAAUCAGGAGGAUAUAGUUAUGGUCAGAUUUGCCAAAUGGAGGGCGAGGAAGAGCUUUUUACGCGUCUCUGUGUGUGGAGUAAAGGUGGAGUUUUUUUUUUCUCUUGUUGCACAUUUAACAUGCUGGUAGAAAUUAGGUAAAACAAAUGUAAGUCUCCCUGCAUUAAAGUCACCGGCCACUAGGAGCGCCGCCUCUGGAUGAGCGUUAAACUGUUUGCUUAUGGCCUUAUAUAGCUCUUUGAGUGCGGUCUUAGUGUCAGCAUCAGUUUGUAGUGGUAAAUAGACAGCUACGAAAAAUAUAGAUGAAAACUCUCUUGGUAAAUUAUAUACUCUACCUCAGGCGAGCAAAACCUCGAGACUUCCUUAGUAUUUGAUUUUGUGCACCAGCUGUUGUUUACAAAUUUAAACAGACCGCCACCCCUUGUCUUACCGGAGUCAGCCGUUCUAUCUUGCCGAUGCAGCGUAUAUCCCGCCAGCUGUAUGUUAUGUCGUCGUUCAGCCACGACUCGGUGAAACAUAAGAUAUUACACUUUGGUAAGAUAUCCGUGAUUGUAGUUUGUCUAUUUUGUUAUCCAAUGAUUGCACGUUGGCUAAUAGGACUGAUGGUAGAGCCAGAUUACCCACUCGCGGUCGGAUCCUUACAAGGCACCCCAACCUACAUCCCUGAUAUCUCUGUCUCUUUCUCCUGCGAAUGACAGGGAUUUGGGCCUUGUCGGGUGUCUGAAGAAAAUCCUUCGCGUCCGACUCCUUAAAGAAAAAAUCUUUGUCCAGUACGAGGUGAGUAAUCACUGUCCUGAUAUCAAGAAGCUUUUUUCGGUCAUAAGAGACGGUGGGCUGGCGCAAGUUUCACCUUAUAUCAUUCCCACAUACACUACCGGUCAAAAGUUUUAGAACACCAGUGAAGACAUCAAAACUAUGAAAUAACACAUAUGGAAUCAUGUAGUAACCAAAAAAUGGUUAAACAAAUCAAAAUAUAUUUUAUAUUUGAGAUUCUUCAAAUAGCCACCCUUUGCCUUGAUGACAGCUUUGCACACUCUUGGCAUUCUCUCAACCAGCUUCACCUGGAAUGCUUUUCCAACAGUCUUGAAGGAGUUCCCACAUUUGCUGAGCACUUGUUGGCUGCUUUUCCUUCACUCUGCGGUCCGACUCAUCCCAAACCAUCUCAAUUUGGUUGAGGUCGGGGGAUUGUAGAGGCCAGGUUGUCUGAUGCAGCAUUCCAUCACUCUCCUUCUUGGUCAAAUAGCCCUUACACAGCCUGGAGGUGUGUUGGGUCAUUGUCCUGUUGAAAAACAAAUGAUAGUCCCACUAAGCCCAAACCAGAUGGGAUGGCGUAUCGCUGCAGAAUGCUGUGGUAGCCAUGCUGGUUAAGUGUGCCUUAAAUCCUAAAUAAUUCACAGACAGUGUCACCAGCGAAGCACCCCCACACCAUAACACCUCCUCCUCUAUGCUUUACGGUGGGAAAUACACAUGCGGAGAUCAUCCGUUCACCCACACCGUGUCUCACAAAGAUACGGCAGUUCGAACCAAAAAUCUCAAAUUUGGACUCCAGACCAAAGGACAAAUGUCCAUUGCUUGUGUUUCUUGAUCCAAGCAAGUCUCUUCUUCUAAUUGGUGUCCUUUAGUAGUGGUUUCUUUGCAGCAAUUCGACCAUGAAGGCCAGAUUCACACAGUCCCCUCUGAACAGUUGAUGUUGAGAUGUGUCUGUGACUUGAACUCUGUGAGGUGCAAUCUGAGGUGCAGUUAACUCUAAUGAACAUAUCCUCUGUAAUGUAGAAAAUAGUAAAAAUAAAUAAAAACCCUUGAAUGAGUAGGUGUGUCCUAUAUUUUGACUCAUUCAAGGGUAUUUUCUUACCUGGCUGUUGAAAAUUAGUGUGUGGGCCACUCUGGAGGGUACGAUGCAUCCGAUAACCCAGAGCUAAGGGACAAUGGAUGUGAAUAGAUAUGGAUGGAUGAAUGUAACCGAUUAGGUCACCAUGGAUAGAGACAAGCGAGAGCAUCUGGCGAGAUUGUGGGUCACUCUGGUGGGUAGGAGGCGUCUGGUAACCCAGGGUUGUGCCAGAGUAAAAGGACAAUGGAUGUGGCUUCCCAAACAGAAUCUGGUCACCCAAAGCCAAGCUUGGAUAAAGAGGUUAAAGGUUAAAGAGGCUGAGCCCCCCUGGCUCUAGGACUGUUGUCUGGGAUACAGUGUAUCCAUACCAACAGUCCCUGUGACAGGGAGUAGAAAGAGACAAGUACAGGUAUGUAUCACAGAGGUUUCAUUAAUCAUUCAUGUGUUGUUGUUGUUUACCCAGCUGCUGUUGGCGAACAAAAUACAAUUUCAUUAAUUCAUUCAUGCAUUCAUUAAUUCAUAUCACAUAAGGUUUCAUUAUUAAUUUGUUUGUGUGUGUGUGUUGUUUCUGCCAGCUCCUGUUGUCUCACUAUAAGACAGAGUCUAACCUAGAAGGAAGUCUGGGCAACACUCCUGUAACGUUAGCCUGCUCCAUCAAUAAUACUGACGCUCUCUCUAUACUGGUGAGCGGAACAUUAUAUGCCCAUUAUAAGGCAUUAUAAAGGACGUUAUAAAGCAUUGUACAUACUUCAUUGAAAGUGUUAUAAAAAUCAAGUAAUAUAGGCUUAAGUGUUUAAGUGUACAUAGCCUGUUGUACAAUUCAUGUCAAAUAAUAUUCAAUAAUCCUGUUUUUACGAGAGAAUGUAUACAAAUAUGUGUAUAAUGUUUAUAACCAAGAGUUAGAAUAAUGCAAAUAGCUUUCAGUCUCUCCUAUGUAAUAUAAUAUAUAAUAUAAUAUAAUAUAUCAUAUAUCAUAUAGAUGUUAUGCAUAUGGUGUUAUUAACUGUCACAAUUAACUGUCACAAAACUGUUACCAAUGCUUUGUGUCAAUGCUUUAUUAAAACUCCUGACUCUUUCCUGACGUGUCCUAUUCCCUGUUCUGUAGCUGAAGCACGGGGCGCGGCUCUCCAGUCAGAACAAACUGGGCCAGUACGCUAUCCAUGCAGCCACCUUCGCAGGCUCAAAGAAAGCCAUGGAUGUCAUCCUUAAAGCUGGUAUGAUGAGGAGAAUAAAGGAUUGCAUUUAUACAGGAUGCAACACUUAUCUAUGGGUAUAAAAGCACUUUACUAUUGUAAGUUUCCCCUCACCCGUCACUAGUAGUCCCCUGUAGCUCAGUUGGUAGAGCAUGGCGCUUGCAACGCCAGGGUUGUGGGUUCGUUUCCCACGGGGGGGGGCCAGUAUGAAAAAUGUAUGCACUCACUAACUGUAAGUUGCUCUGGAUAAGAGUGUCUGCUAAAAUGUAGCUGCCUGGUCCCAGAUCUGUUUGUGAUUUUGUCAAUUCCAUUCCUGUCCUUGUCAAGCCAAACAUGUUAGCAUGAUAGCACAAAAAGGCUGGUACUCAGGCUAAUCCUUUACCAAUAUUACCAUCUUUGUCAAAAUCAAAUCAAAUCAAAUUUUAUUUGUGACCGACCGGCUUAUGUAGCAAAAUUUGAAAUUGUGUUUUUUACAUUGGCUAAAAGUAGAGACUCAGAGCUAGAAAUGUGUACAUCAGACAGUACAGUUGAGGAACAAUGGGAAUGUAAUUCUGCUUUGAAAGUUGAUAAAUAUGUAACCUCACUUUUGAUAAAAUGGCCCUUGAACGUUUUGGUCACCUACUGGAGAGCUCUUCUUUGUCUACACCCAUUCAGCAUUGUUUACACCCUCUUAAGCUUUAGCCCCACUCAGCUAUUUAAGGAUUCACAUGUGAGGCCAUGUACAAAACAACCAAAGAUUUCAAGACUAAAGGCUGGUUUAUACUACGGGUGUGUUUUACUCACCCUAGCAGAGCUGGUUAGGCUGCUUUUAUGUUAUCCAGAGCCGUUGGUUACUGCAACUGUGCUGCUGGCAACAAUUUAAUUACGCUUUUUUGCCAAUGUUUACUGACACCGGCCAUAUUCAACGGGUGUUGAGUGUUCGUAAAUUCGUCAGUUAUUCUGCGCUCUGGCACACUCAGACAAGUGCUCUGAAAUCCGAGUAGAUAGCCAGAGCGAAUACCAGCUACGUCUAUCGACAGUUGUCGCAGUGACAUCAUGAACAUUCUAUUGAAAUGGUUACUUGCAUAGUGUAGUCUUUUGUUUAGACAUGUAGCUAGCUAGCUAAACAAUGAACCAUAAUCCCAACUCAUAACGUUACUACCCUGCAUGAAUCUGCUUUGUAGCUAACCAACCAGGUUCAAUGUUAGCUAGCUAGCUAACAUUAGGCUAUAACUAGCAAUGCAAAUGGCUCUGAGAUACGAAUAAUAUUACUACACAGAUCAUAAACGUAACGUUAGUUAGCGAGCCAGCCAGCUACCGUUAGCUAGCUAGCUAACAGUACGUUUGAACUUUAAAUAAAAACGACUUUCUGACUAAAUUUGAAAUGUGUAACAUCUGAAAAUGUAGCUAGCUAGAGUAUCUUACCCGUAUUCAUGGAUGGACGCUUCUCCCUCUCUGUCACGGAUGCCAUGGUUGCCCUUAGUUUGAAGAUGUAAUCCAGAGACAGGUGUUUUAUACAACAGCCUUCUGUGUGUUCUCUUUUCGACUCUGUCUGCAUAUUUGGAAUCAAACGCCAGAAUUUUCUCCACCUCCUUAGCUAUCAUACUCUAAUUCCACCGUGCAUUCCACUGAUUUCAAAACUUGGUCCUCCAGAAAGUGGAGAGCAACACCUUUGCAGUUCUACUACGUGAUAUCUUUCAAAAAAGCGGUGUUAGAAAGGAAUACCUAUACAUACUGACCAGCUCAUGUUAUAGACAGAAGCGAGCUACAUGGCAGACCAAUCCGAACUCAUCUCUUGGCAUGUCCAGCCUAUCCAUUAUCUCAGCCAAUCAUGGCUAGCGAGAAGGUUCCUGUCUUUUUCUGUGGCUAAGCCAACUACACUCGUAAUUUAACAAUUGUAUUCGUAUUUACAGAUGGCAUACAAGUUUGUUAUUAAGGCACAUGAAAAUUCACAUGUUCCAGAAGGCAUUUCUGCCAAAAAAUGCAUUUUGAUAAACAAAAAAAGUUUAUGUUCAAAUGCCUCUCCUGUGAAGUAGUGGAGCGCGACAUACGCCUAGUUUCCUGAAAUAAGUCACAUUUGUGUACAGCUUCUUAUUGGUCGAUUCUGAUACUUUCUUAGUGGGAAAAUCACACCAAAUGUUCCUACAACAAGUUUCCAACUCGGAAAUGUCAGAGUUUUCAAGUUCUCUUGAACACGGCAUGAUACACAGUGGCCAUUUUGUGUCAAUAUACAGCAUAUUUGUGACUGAUACAGGGGAGCCAUUUUGUGCCUAAAUGGUCAUCCGGGGAGCCACACAAAUUAGAGACCGCAGCACAGACACACUGUUUACCUGGGAGGUCUGCAGCUGAGUAAUACAUAACAGGACACUGAUGUGUUUAGUACAACAGCUAAAUAUUUGUGAAGCUUCUGUCGUUGUCAGUUUUGGGCCAAAUGGGCAUUCACAUUCUUUAGGCCAGGCCUAGCCAGAUAUCCACAGAUGGCAUGACUAAGGGGAAAUGAGUUGAGUUAGAAGACUCACAUGUUCGUUCACUUGUCACCCUAGUUUACAUUACACUGUGAAACCAAACACAGCAAAGUUUGGAGUUAUUCAUUUGAACAGGAUACACCCUAAUGCUUUAGAGAUUCAACUCAAUACAUCUGUCCACUUAGGUCUCAAUAGUCCUCUCCUCUCCUCUUGAUACUUUUUCAAGAUGAGGAGACGAGGAGAGGAAACCACUUUAGAUUAUUGAGAUGAACCCUCUGCAUCUAGCAUCCUGUCCAGGGGGUGUACUUGUACAUACAUCUGCCUGUGUGUGUGUGUGUGUGCUGUCCAGGAGAGGAGAUGGGUCAUUCCAUAGAGGAACACAUUAACUUCCUGGAUAAGUCGUGCAGCAGUCCACUUCACCUGGCAGUCAUUGGAGGCAACAAGGACAUCAUCGAGUUCUGCAUCCACAAAGGAGCCAAGAUCGACCAGCAACAGGUACAUUAAGACAGGGGAUCAUGUGGUUGUUUCAGUCACCAUUAUUUGAAUAAAUAUAGGCCUACUACAGCCACAUUUAAGUCAGUCUAAAUACAAUAAAUGUGACCGAUCGGCUCGGUUCAGCGUUAUGCAGCAACAUUUUAAAUUGUGUUUUUUACAUUGGAUAAAAGUAGAGACCCAGAGCUAGAAAAUGGCACAUCAUACACUACAGUUGAGGAACAAUGGGAAAGUAAUUCUGCUUUGAAAGUUCAUAAACUUGUAACCCCACUUUUGUGAAAAUGGCCCUUGAAUGUUUGGGUACACCUACUGGAGAGCUCUUCUUUGUCUACACCCAUUCAGCAUCGCUCACACCCUCUUAAGCCCCACCCAUCUCUUUAAGGAUUCACAUGUGAGGCCAUGUGGUAAACGGACGCUAUAUCAAAUAAAAUCUAAGUUUAUUUGUCACAUGCACAGGAUACAGAAGGUGUAAACCGUACACUGAAAUGGUUACUUGCAUAGUUGAUGGGUCAUGUGAAGGAAAUGCUAUAACCAUCCCCCAGCCACAUCUAGCUAAGUGGAUGGGUCACUAUUGUCUAGACAUGUACACAUGUUCAUGAAAUACAAUAGAUGGCCAUAAUCACCACCAGACACACCUGGCUAAUUUGAUGGGUCAUGUAAUAAUCCGGCCGAAGCGGAGUCUUUUGUUUAGACAUGUACAGUGCCUUUGCAUAAGUAUUCAUCCCCCUUGGCGUUUUUCCUAUUGUGUUGCAUUACAACCUGUAAUUUAAAUGGAUUUUUUUUUGGAUUUCAUGUAAUGGACAUACACAAAAUAGUCCAAAUUGGUGAUGUGAAAUGAAAUAAAUUACUUGUUUCAAAAAAUUAUGAAGAAUAAAUAACGGAAAAGUGGUGCGUGCAUAUGUAUUCACCCCCUGUGCUAUGAAGCCCCUAAAAAGAUUUGGUGCAACCAAUACCUUCAGAAUUCACAUAAUUAGUUAAAUAAAGUCCACCUGUGUGCAAUCUAAGUGUCACAUGGUCUCAGUAUACAGUGGGGAAAAAAGGUAUUUAGUCAGCCACCAAUGUGCAAGUUCUCCCACUUAAAAAGAUGAGAGAGGCCUGUAAUUUUCAUCAUAGGUACACGUCAACUAUGACAGACAAAUGGAGAGAGAAAAAAAUCCAGAAAAUCACAUUGUAGGAUUUUUAAUGAAUUUAUUUGCAAAUUAUGGUGGAAAAUAAGUAUUUGGUCACCUACAAACAAGCAAGAUUUCUGGCUCUCACAGACCUGUAACCUCUUCUUUAAGAGGCUCCUCUGUCCUCCACUCGUUACCUGUAUUAAUGGCACCUGUUUGAACUUGUUAUCAGUAUAAAAGACACCUGUCCACAACCUCAAACAGUCACACUCCAAACUCCACUAUGGCCAAGGCCAAAGAGCUGUCAAAGGACACCAGAAACUAAAUUGUAGACCUGCACCAGGCUGGGAAGACUGAAUUUGCAAUAGGUAAGCAGCUUGGUUUGAAGAAAUCAACUGUGGGAGCAAUUAUUAGGAAAUGGAAGACAUACAAAAUGAUCACAAGGACGGUGAGCAAAAAUCCCAGAACCACACGGGGGGACCUAGUGAAUGACCUGCAGAGAGCUGGGACCAAAGUAACAAAGCCUACCAUCAGUAACACACUACGCCGCCAGGGACUCAAAUCCUGCAGUGCCAGACGUGUCCCCCUGCUUAAGCCAGUACAUGUCCAGACCCGUCUGAAGUUUGCUAGAGUGCAUUUGGAUGAUCCAGAAGAGGAUUGGGAGAAUGUCAUAUGGUCAGAUGAAACCAAAAUAUAACCUCUUAGUUGCAUCCAAAGAACACCCUACCUACUGUGAAGCUUGGGGGUGGAAACAUCAUGCUUUGGGGCUGUUUUUUCUGCAAAGGGACCAGGAUGACUGAUCCGUGUAAAGGAAAGAAUGAAUGGGGCCAUGUAUCGUGAGAUUUUGAGUGAAAACCUCCUUCCAUCAGCAAGGGCAUUGAAGAUGAAACGUGGCUGGGUCUUUCAGCAUGACAAUGAUCCCAAACACACCGCCCGGGCAACGAAGCAGUGGCUUCGUAAGAAGCAUUUCAAGGUCCUGGAGUGGCCUAGCCAGUCUCCAGAUCUCAACCCCAUAGAAAAUCUUUGGAGGGAGUUGAAAUUCCGUGUUGCCCAGUGACAGCCCCAAAACAUCACUGCUCUAGAGCAGAUCUGCAUGGAGGAAUGGGCCAAAAUACCAGUAACAGUGUGUGAAAACUUUGUGAAGACUUACAGAAAACGUUUGACCUGUGUCAUUGCCAACAAGGGGUAUAUAACAAAGUAUUGAGAAACUUUUGUUAUUGACCAAAUACUUAUUUUCCACCAUAAUUUGCAAAUAAAUUCAUAAAAAAUCCUACACAUGUUCUGAAAGGCCCCAGAGUCUGCAACACCAUUAAGCAAGGGGCACCACCAAGCAAGCGGCACCAUGAAGACCAAGGAGCUCUCCAAACAGGUCAGGGACAAAGUUGUGGAGAAGUACAGAUCAGAGUUGGGUUAUAAAAAAAUAUCUGAAACUUUGAACAUCCCACAGAGCACCAUUAAAUCCAUUAUUAAAAAAUUGAAAGAAUGUUGCACCACAACAAACCUGCCAAGAGAGGGCCACCCACCAAAACUCACGGACCAGGCAAGGAGGGCAUUAAUCAGAGAGGCAACAAAGAGACCAAAGAUAACCCUGAUGGAGCUGCAAAGCUCCACAGCGGAGAUUGGCGUCUCUGUCCAUAGGAUCACUUUAAGCCGUACACUCCACAUAGGCUGGGCUUUACGGAAGAGUGGCCAGAAAAAAGCCAUUGCUUAAAGAACAAAAUAAGCAAACACAUUUGGUGUUUGCCAAAAAGCAUGUGGGAGACUCCCCAAACAUAUGGAAAAAGUUACUCUUUUUGGCCAUCAAGGAAAACGCUAUGUCUGGCGCAAACCCAACACCUCUCAUCACCCUCGAGAACACCAUCCCCACAGUGAAGUAUGGUGAUGGCAGCAUCAUGCUGUGGGGAUGUUUUUCAUCGGCAGGGACUGGGAAACUGGUCAGAAUUGAAGGAACGAUGGAUGGCGCUAAAUACAGGGAAAUUCUUGAGGGAAACCUGUUUCAGUCUUCCAGAGAUUUGAGACUGGGACGGAGGUUCACCUUCCAGCAGGAGUUAGUUCCAGCAAUAGUUAUGCAUGCUCAAGCUUUCUGUUAUUUUUGUCUUAUUUCUUGUUUAUUUCACAAUAAAAAAUAGUUUGCAUCUUCAAAGUGGUAGGCAUGUUGUGUAAAUCAAAUGAUACAUGUAAGGCAACAAAAUAGGAAAAAUGCCAAGGGGGGUGAAUACUUUCGCAAGCCACUAUAGAUAGCUAGGUAGGUAGCUAGCUAGCUAAACAAUGAACUGGCAUAAUCCCAACUCAUACUACUACCAAUACAAACAUUGUCAUAGCUGUAGUAUGAAUCUGCAGGCAGCUAAAGCUAACAAACUAGGUUCAAUGUUAGCUAGCUAACAUUAGGCUAUAACUAGCAAUGUAAAUUGAUUUCUGAUUCAAAUAAUAUUACUACACAUAUCUACAUAUCUACUACACUUAACAUUAGCUAACGAGCCAUCAAGCUAACGUUCACUAGCUAACUAACAGUAUGCUUUAACUUACAAUAAAAACGACUUUCUGACAAAAUUAGAAACGUACAUGUGAAAACGUAGCUAGACUCUUACCCAUAUACAUGGAUGAAUGCUUCACGGCAGACUGGAACCAUUUAACUCUGUUUUGUUUGUAGCUACAUCUUGUUUGGACAGCGUUGUGUCAAUCAUGGCUAGUGGAAAGGUUCCUCUCUUUUUCCGUGGCUAAACCAACUAGGCUCGUAAUUUAACAAUUGUAUUCAUAUUUAUGGAUGGAAUACAAGUUUGUUAUUAAGGCACAUGAAAGUUUACAUGUUCCAGAUGACAUUUCUGCCCCAAAAACGCAUUUUGAUAAAAAAUACAUGUUCACGUUCAAAUGCCUCUCCUGUGAAGUAGUGACGUGCGACAUGUGCCUAGUUUCCUGAAACGAGUCACAAAUCAUCCAAAAGUUUCCCCAAUGUAUUAGCUACCACACGGACGAUUAGAAUCAUAAAGAUUCUUGGGUUUGUGCUAAUUAUUUCUCUCACGUUUGAAAAAUUAUUUUAAAUAGAAUCGUAUUUACAGUAGGGGCUUUUCUUUUGUGCACAUGUAGACCACUUUGUAGGCAAGGGAUCUGCUUAUGGUCUUCUUAGGAACUUCAAAUGGCUUACUCACAGACAGACACAGUGUGCAUCCCAAAUGGCACCCUUUUCCCUAUAUAGUGCACUACUUUUGACCAGGGCCCUAUGUGCUCUGGUCAAAAGAGCACUUUAAAUGGAAAAGGGUGCCAUUAAGGACUGAACUCCAGUUCAGAUGCAGGAGCAGAAGUCUAGAGAGUGCAGACCGACAGUAAUAGCCCCAGAUAGAUUGAUACUAAUAACCUCCACUCACUGUAUUUAACUGACCUCCACUUACUGUAUUUAACUGACCUUCACUUACUGUAUUUAACUGACCUCCACUUACUGUAUUUAACUGACCUCAACUUACUGUAUUUAACUGACCUUCACUUACUGUAUUUAACUGACCUCCACUCACUGUAUUUAACUGACCUCCACUUACUGUAUUUAACUGACCUUCACUUACUGUAUUUAACUGACCUCCACUUACUGUAUUUAACUGACCUCAACUUACUGUAUUUAACUGACCUUCACUUACUUUAUUUAACUGACCUCCACUCACUGUAUUUAACUGACCUCCACUUACUGUAUUUAACUGACCUCAACUUACUGUAUUUAACUGACCUUCACUUACUGUAUUUAACUGACCUCCACUCACUGUAUUUAACUGGACCUCCACUUACUGUAUUAACUGACGCUCAACUUACUGUAUUUAACUGACCGUCACUUACUGUAUUUAACUGACCUCCACUCACUGUAUUUAACUGACCUCCACUUACUGUAUUUAACUGACCUUCACUUACUGUAUUUAACUGACCUCCACUUACUGUAUUUAACUGACCUCAACUUACUGUAUUUAACUGACCUUCACUUACUUUAUUUAACUGACCUCCACUCACUGUAUUUAACUGACCUCCACUUACUGUAUUUAACUGACCUCCACUUACUGUAUUUAACUGACCUCAACUUACUGUAUUUAACUGACCUCCACUUACUGUAUUUAACUGACCACCACUUACUGUAUUUAACUGACCUCCACUUACUUUUUUACAUUUCUGUGUCUGCAAUUCCGUGAUACACUUAACCAGCGUGUGUGUGUGUGUGUGUGUGUGUGUGUGUGUGUGUGUGUGUGUGUGUGUGUGUGUGUGUGUGUGUGUGUGUGUGUGUGUGUACUGUACUCCAGGUGGACCGGUCCACAGCGCUUCACUUUGCCUGUUCCCAGGGAGCUACAGAGGCUGUUAAACUGAUGCUGUCCUCCUACAGCAGACAGGACCGCAUCAUUAACCUGCCUGAUGGAGCCAGCCAGACACCUUUACACAGGUGGGAGAGUUUGUUCAUUCAUUCAUUCAUUCAUUCAUAUAUUUGUUCAUUCAUUCAUUCAUUUGAAUGUUAUUUAGUUCAUAUAUUUAUUAGACUCAUGAAGUGAUCCAUGAUAACCAGACAUCCUAGACAUUCCAUUCUAUUGUGAACAGAACCAAACACGGUUCAGGAGUCAGGACAAUGUUUGCUCGUGACAAAGGUUGUGUUUACAAAUGAACCAUUAAUCAUAGUGUAAGGGUGGUGACCUCACAACUGGCCUAAUACCUACGGUGCGUCCCAAAUCACACCCUAUUCCCUAUUUAGUGCACUACUUUUGACUAGAGCCCUAGACCACGUGUAACCACGCCAUCCCAGGACCCCCACAUCCGGCUUCUUGACCUUUGGGAUCGUCUGAGGGGGGGGGGCCUGGCUCCCAAAGUGGGUGGAUCUAUGCCCUCCCAGGUCCACCCAUGGCUGCACCCCCGCCCAGUCAUGUGAAAUCCAUAGAUUAGGGCCUAAUUUAUUCAUUUCAAUUGACUGACUUCCUUAUAUGAACUGUAACUCAGUAAAAUCUUUGAAAUUGAUGCAUGUUGCGUUUAUAUUUUUGUUGAGUAUAUUAAUUGGGCAGAGGGCAGUGUAAGCAAACAAAAUACUGUUUAUAGCUGUGAUAUAAUGCAUGUUAUUUUUCCAGGGCAACUAUAUUUGAUCACACAGAGUUGGCGGAGUACCUCAUUUCAAAGGUAAAUACAGUACAUAAGCACACACACACACACACACACACACACACACACACACACACACACACAAACACACACACCAGAGUUGGCGGACACCUAAUUUCAAAGGUAAACACACUACAAGAAUAUUGCCCACGAACUAUUCCAUAUAAGGUGCCGGUUUGAGCCACUGCAACUGUAUUGUAAUAUCUACAUCCCAAAUGGCACCCUAUAUCCUACACGGUGCACUACUUUUGACUAGGGCCUAUGGGACCUGUUUGGCCAGGGAACUGGUCAAACGUAGUGCACUAUAUAAGGAAUAGGGUGCCAUUUGGGACUCAAAUGUAUUGAAUUCUGUGUUGACAGGGUGCAGACAUUGACUACCUAGACUGUAAGGGUCUUUCCCCGCUGCUGCUGGCUACUAGCUGUGGAGCAUGGAGAACAGUGGCUCUUCUGCUCUCCAAAGGUCAGCUUUUACAGAUUCAGAGAUUCAGAGUGUUUAAUAGUACAGGGUUGCAGGUGUGAUUGCAGGGCACAUUAACUGUAUUCAAACAUCAACAUGUCUGUGGAUCAAAACUGAGGUUUUGACGUGUGUGUCUGUGUGUCUGUGUGUGUGUGUGUUUGUUUGUCUUUUUAAGGUGCCAACGUGAACAUAAAGGACAAAUCUGGAUGUAACUUCCUCCACCUGGCCAUCCUGCAACCCAAAGGCCUCAAAAACCUUGCAGGAGACAUCUUACAGGUAGAUGAUGUCCAAUGGUAGUAGUGCUUGGAAAGGUAUGUUGUUACGGAAACUUAAGUUUAGGAAUAGGGGUUGAAAUUCAUUACGGUUAGGGUUAGGAACGAGGGUUACGUUAAGGGUUAGGAACCAGGGUUACGUUAAGGUUCGGCGCGGGUUAGGAACCAGGGUUACGUUAAGGGUUAGGAACCAGGGUUACGUUAAGGUUCGGCGCGGGUUAGGAACCAGGGUUACGUUAAGGGUUAGGAACCUGGGUUACGUUAAGAGUUAGGAACCAGGGUUACGUUAAGGUUCAGCGCUGCAGUGGAGUCCAUGUUACAGACAUUUGUGUGUUCUAAGGCAGUUUUUUUUUGCCGUUUUUCCACUACCAUGACAUUCUGGCUUAUACAGACAUUUCUGUAAUAGGCACCAUCAAGUUUUAGGUUAAUUGAUUCACCACACUGUCAGCUACAAGAACUAUAAUGUCAUAACAUUUUGAGACACUUAAAUGAGUGAUAAUAAUAAUAAUAAUUAGGUGCCUACAUUUGUCCUAUUGCACACCCUAGGAGAGUAGGGUCAGAGCCAGGGAUCAGCCAUUAUUGACGGCGACCCUGGAGUAAUUAGGGUAAAGUGCCUUGCACGGACAGAUUUUUCACCUAGUCGGCUCGGGGAUCUGAACCAGCGACCUUUCGGAUACUGGCCCAACGCUCCUAACUGCUAGGGUUACCUGUCGCCAUAAAGGCACAACAAUCUAAAAACGCACGUUGAAAUUCUUUGUUUUUUUAUUUUACUUUCCAGGACAUAGACAUGUUUUAUAUGGGCAGAAAGCUUAAAUUCUUGUUAAUCUAAUUGCACUGUCCAAUUUAUAGUAGCUAUUAGAGUGAAAAAAUACCAUGCUAUUGUUUGAGGAGAGUGCACAACAACAAAAAACGUAUCACGGCAACUGGUUUGAUACAUUCACCUCUGAAGGUAAAUAAUGUACUUACAUUCAGUAAUCUUGCUCUGAUUUGUCAUUCUGAGGGUCCCAGAGAUAAAAUGUAGCAUCGUUUGUUUGAUAAAAUCAAUUUUUAUAUUCAAAUGUAGGAACUGGGUUCUACAGUUUGAACCCCUGCUGUCUCUGGCUCCACACCCACCCACCCGGCCAUCUAGAUGUGUUAAACUUAUUGUAUGAGCUAAUGAUCCAUCAUGUAUGACAUUCCUGGGAGUGUGUAAACUUACAUUUUGUAUUACCUUAUCAUUUUUGUAUGUUCUCUAUAGUCAUGUACUUGAAAAUGUCCAGUAUUGCAAAGCUUCACUGGAUCAAUCGUUUCCCACGUGGGGAAUAAAAUAAUGUAUGCACUCACUAACUGUAAAUUGCUCUGGAUAAGAGCGUCUGCUAAAUGACUAAAAUGUAAACGUAAAUCAAUUUGAAACUUUGCCUACACACUUCUGCCAUCUAGUGGCCAAAAUCAAAAUUGCGCCAAAACUGCAAUAUUAUAUUGUGGCCUUUCUCUUGCAUUUCAAAGAUGAUGGAACAAAGAAAUAAAUAGAAAACCCAUGUUUUUUUGUCUGUAUUAUCUUUUACCAGAUCUAAUGUGUUAUGUUCUGCUACCUUACUUUCACAUUUCCACAAACUUCAAAGUAUUUCCUUUCAAAUGGUAUCAGGAAUAUGCAUAUCCUUGCUUCAGGUCCUGAGCUACAGGAAGUUAGAUUUGGGUAUGUCAUUUUAGGUGAAAAUUGAAGAAAAAAAACGAGGUAAGAGGUUAAUCCAUUUUAGAACAAAAUGUGGAAAAAGUCAGGGGGUCUGAAAACAUUACAAAUGCACUGUAUAUAUAAUGUCUAUAUAUAUGCAGAGUCUGUUGUAUGUGAUGUAGCAGUUGGUCACAGCAGAAGAAGAAGAUGGCUGCCGUUUUACAGCCCUCUAACCAAUUGUACUAUUAUGUGUGUUUUUCCGCGUUAUUUGUAAUUUAUUUUGUACAUAAUGUUUCUGCCAUCGUCUCUUAUAACCAAAAAGAGCUUCUGGAUAUCAGGACAGCGAUUACUCACCUCGUAUUGGACGAAGAUUUUUUCUUCAACGAGGCGGCCGCGAAGGAUAUCAUACAGACACCCGACAAGGCCCAAAUCCCCGUCAUUCGCGUGAGGAAGAGACGGAGAUAUCGUGGACGGAGAUCGGGGUGCCUUGUAAGGAUCCGACGGCGAGCGAGUAAACUGCCUCUUCCAUCAAUCCUAUUAGCCAACGUUCAAUAUUUUGAAAAUAAAAUGGACGAUUUAAGAUUACGGUUAUCCUACCAACGGGACAUUAAAAACUGUAAUAUCUUAUGUUUCACCGAGACGUGGCUGAACGACGACAAUGAUAACAUUCAGCUAGCAGGCUAUACGCUACAUCGGCAGGACAGAACGGCUGACUCCGGUAAGACAAGGGGUGGCGGUCUGUGUAUAUUUGUAAACAACAGCUGGUGCACAAAACCAAAUACUAAGGAAGUCUCGAGGUUUUGCUCGCCUGAGGUAGAGUAUCUUAUGAUAAGCUGUAGACCACACUAUUUACCAAGAGAGUUUUCAUCUAUAUUUUUCAUAGCUGUCUAUUUACCACCACAAACCAAUGCUGGCAUUAAGAUUGCACUGAAUGAGUUGUACAAGGCCAUUAAUCAACAGGAAAACGCUCAUCCAGAUGCAGCGCUCCUAGUGGCCGGGGACUUUAAUGCAGGGAAACUUAAAUCCGUUCUACCUAAUUUCUACCAGCAUGUUAAAUGUGCAACCAGAGGGAAAAAAACUCUAGACCACCUUUACUCCACACACAGAGACGCAUACAAAGCUCUCCCUCGCCCUCCAUUUGGCAAAUCUGACCAUAACUCUAUCCUCCUGAUUCCUGCUUAUAAGCAAAAACUAAAGCAGGAAGCACCAGUGACUCGGUUAAUAAAAAAGUGGUCAGAUGACGCAGAUGCUAAGCUACAGGACUGUUUUGCUAGCACAGACUGGAACAUGUUCCGGGAUUCUUCAGACAGCAUUGAGGAGUACACCACAUCAGUCACUGGCUUCAUCAAUAAGUGCAUCGAUGAUGUCGUCCCCACAGUGACCGUACGUACAUACCCCAACCAGAAGCCAUGGGUUACAGGAAACAUCCGCACUGAGCUAAAGGGUAGAGCUGCCGCUUUCAAGGAACGGGACUCUAACCCGGACGCUUAUAAGAAAUCCCGCUAUGACCUCCGACGAACCAUCAAACAGGCAAAGAGUCAAUACAGGUCUAAGAUUGAAUCGUACUACACUGGCUCUGACGCUCGUCGGAUGUGGCAGGGCUUGAAAACUAUUACAGACUACAAAGGGAAGCACAGCCGCGAGCUGCCCAGUGACACAAGCCUACCAGACGAGCUAAACCACUUCUAUGCUCGCUUCGAGGCAAGCAACACUGAAGCAUGCAUGAGAGCACCAGCUGUUCCGGAUGACUAUGUGAUCAUGCCCUCCGUAGCCGAUGUGAGUAAGACUUUUAAGCAGGUCAACAUUCACAAGGCCGCAGGGACAGACAAAUUACCAGGACGUGUACUCCGAGCAUGCGCAGACCAACUGGCAAGUGUCUUCACCGACAUUUUCAACAUGUCCCUGACUGAGUCUGUAAUACCAACAUGUUUCAAGCAGACCACCAUAGUCCCCGUGCCCAAGGACUCUAAGAUAACCUGCCUAAAUGACUACCGACCCGUAGCACUGACGUCUGUAGCCAUGAAGUGCUUUGAAAGGCUGGUCAUGGCUCACAUCAACAGCAUUAUCCCAGAAACCCUAGACCCACUCCAAUUUCCAUACCGCCCCAACAGAUCCACAGAUGAUGCAAUCUCUAUUGCACUCCACACUGCCCUUUCCCACCUGGACAAGAGGAACACCUACGUGAGAAUGCUAUUCAUUGACUACAGCUCAGCAUUCAACACCAUAGUGCCCUCUAAGCUCAUCACUAAGCUAAGGAUCCUGGGACUAAACACCUCCCUCUGCAACUGGAUCCUGGACUUCCUGACAGGCCGCCCCCAGGUGGUAAGGGUAGGUAACAACACAUCUGCCACACUGAUCCUCAACACGGGGGCCCCUGAGGGGUGCGUGCUCAGUCCCCUCCUGUACUCUCUGUUCACCCAUGACUGCAUGGCCAGGCACGACUCCAACACCAUCAUUAAGUUUGCCGACGACACAACAGUGGUAGGCCUGAUCACCGACAACGAUGAGACAGCCUAUAGGGAGGAGGUCAGAGAUCUGGCCGUGUGGUGCCAGGACAACAACCUCUCCCUCAACGUGACCAAGACAAAGGAGAUGAUUGUGGACUACAGGAAAAAAAAGAGGACUGAGCACGCCCCCAUUCUCAUCGACGGGGCUGUAGUGGAACAGGUUGAGAGCUUCAAGUUCCUUGGUGUCCACAUCACCAACGAACUAUCAUGGUCCAAACACACCAAGACAGUCGUGAAGAGGGCACGACAAAGCCUAUUCCCCUUCAGGAGACUAAAAAGAUUUGGCAUGGGUCCUCAGAUCCUCAAAAAAUUCUACAGCUGCACCAUCGAGAGCAUCCUGACUGGUUGCAUCACCGCCUGGUAUGGCAACUGCUUGGCCUCCGACCGCAACGGCACUACAGAGGGUAGUGCGUACGGCCCAGUACAUCACUGGGGCAAAGCUUCCUGCCAUCCAGGACCUCUAUACCAGGCGGUGUCAGAGGAAGGCCCUCAAAAUUGUCAAAGACUCCAGCCACCCUAGUCAUAGACUGUUCUCUCUGCUACCGCACGGCAAGCGGUACCGGAGUGCCAAGUCUAGGUCCAAAAGUCUUCUCAACAGCUUCUACCCCCAAGCCAUAAGACUCCUGAACAGCUAAUCAUGGCUACCCGGACUAUUUGCACUGCCCCCCCACCCCAUCCUUUUUACGCUGCUGCUACUCUGUUAAGUAUUUAUGCAUAUGUCACUUUAACUCUACCCACAUGUACAUAUUACCUCAACUACCUCAACUAGCCGGUGCCCCCCGCACAUUGACUCUGCAACGGUACCCUCCUGUAUAUAUAGCCUCCCUACUGUCACUUUAUUUUUACUUCUGCUCUUUUUUUCUCAACACUUUUUUUGUUGUUGUUUUAUUUUUACUUUUUUUGUCUAAAAUAAAUGCACUGUUGGUUAAGGGCUGUAAGUAAGCAUUUCACUGUGAUGUCUGCACCUGUUGUAUUCGGCGCAUGUGACCAAUAAAAUUUGAUUUGAUUUGAUUUGAAAUGAAGAAAAAAUAAGGUUUUGUGGUGCACAGAGUAGUACUGUAGUGUCCAUCCACCUAGUAAAGAGGAGGUUGACAUCUCUGAUCAUACCCAAAUGUCUCCCGAGUGGCGCAGUGGUCUAAGGCACUGCAUCGCAGUGCUAGCUGUGCCACUAGAGAUCCUGGUUCGAAUCCAGGCUCUGUCGUAGCUGGCCGCGACCGGGAGACCCAUGGGGCGGCGCACAAUUGGCCCAGCGUCGUCCAAAGUAGGGGAGGGAAUGGCUGGCUGGGGAUGUUGGUUUGCAACGCCAGGGUUGUGGGUUCGAUUCCCACGGGGGGGGGGGCCAGUAUGAAAAAAUAAAAAAAUAUAAAGUAUGCACUCACUAACUGUAAGUCGCUCUGGAUAAGAGCGUCUGCUAAAUGACUAAAAUGUAAAUGUAAAACCCCAGUGGGGUGGUUGGUUGGUCUGGAUCCUGGACUUCCUGACAAGUCGCCCCCAGGUGGUAAAGGUAGGGAACAACACAUCCGCCGCGCUGACCCUCAACACGGGGGCCCUUCUCUACUCCCUGUUCACCCACAUUAAGUUAAGUUUGCUGACGACACGACAUGGUUGGCCUCAUCACCGAUGACGAUGAGACAGCCUAUAGGGAGGUCAGUGACCUGGCAGCGUGGUGCCGCGAAAACAACCUCUCCGUCAACAUCAGCAAGACAAAAGGAGCUGAUCGUGGACUACAGGAAACAGAGGGCCGAGCACGCCCCCAUACACAUCGCAGUUGAGCGGGUCGAGAGCUUCAAAUUCCUUGGUGUCCACAUCACUAAGGAAUUAUCAUGGUCCACACACAUCAACUGUGGUAAAGAAGGCAUGACAACACCUCUUCCUUCCAGGAGGCUUAAAAGAUUCGGCAUGGGCGCACAGAUCCUCAAAAAGUUCUACAGCUGCACCAUUGAGAGCAUCUUGACUGGCUGCAUCACUGCCUGGUAUGGCAACUGCUUUGCAUCCGACCGCAAAGCGCUACAGAGGGUAGUGCGUACGGCCCAGUACAUCACUGGGGCCAAGCUUCCUGCCAUCCAGGACCUCUAUACCAGGCGGUGUCAGAGGAAGGCCCUAAAAAGUGUUAAAGACUCCAGCCACCCAAGUCAUAGACUGUUCUCCCUGCUACCGCACGGCAAGCGGUACCAAUGCACCAGGUCUGGAACCAACAGGACCCUGAACAGCUUCUGCCCACAAGCCAUAAGACUGCUAAAUGGUUAGACAAAUUGUUGACCAAUAGCCAUCCGGACUAUCUGCAUUGACUCUUUUUGCACAAAACUCUUAUGACUCGUCACAUAUGCUGCUGCUACUGUUUAUUAUCUAUCCUGUUGCCUAGUCACUUUAUCCCUACCUAUAUGUACAUACUGUAUCUUCCUCAAUUACCUCGUACCUCUGCACAUUGACUCUGUACUGGUACCCCGUGUAUACAGCCAAGUUAUCGUUGCUCAUUGUAUAUUUUAUUCCUCGUGUUAUCAUGUUUCUGUUAUUUCUCUCUGCAUUGUUGGGAACAGAACAUGAGUAAGCAUUUCACUGUUAGCCUACACCUGUUGAUUACGAAGCAAGUGACAACUACAAUUUUAUUUGAUUUAGAUACUGUAUAGUUUCACUGAGGUUAUGGUUCAGCCCAGUCAAAACUGUUCGCUGCUCUGGCACCCCAAUGGUGGAACAAGCUCCCUCACGACGCCAGGACAGCGGAGUCACUCACCACCUUCCGGAGACAUUUGAAACCCCACCUCUUUAAGGAAUACCUGGGAUAGGAUAAAGUAAUCCUUCAAUCCCCCCCCCCCCCCCCCCCCCCCCCAAAAAAAAAUAAAAAAAUAAAAAAAACUAUUGUAAAGUGGUUACCCCACUGGCUAUAGGGUGAAUGCACCAAUUUGUAAGUCGCUCUGGAUAAGAGCGUCUGCUAAAUGACGUAAAUGUAAAUGGUUGGCAAGGAGGGUUACGUUAAGCGACUAGACUAGUUUUCGAGGUUAGGGAAAGGCAUAAACGUUAACGGUGGGAUAGCGUACCGCUUUCCGCCACCAUUCAUUUUCUUGCCAGCUACAAGUACACUGCCAAUUGUUAUUAAAGAUAUUUGUUAUGUUCUCUCUACCUCUACAAACCAUUAUGAGUCUGUUCCUAGAGUCCAAUAGUGUGUAUCCCAAAUGGCACACUACACCUUUUAUAGUGCACUACUUUUGACCAGAGCUGGUAAAAAAAGUAGUGCACUAUAAAGGGAAUAGGACGGGCACCAAGGCUGACUGUUGAACUGUAUUACCAUCUCUCCAAGGCUGACUGUUGAACUGUAUUACCAUCUCUCCAAGGCUGACUGUUGAACUGUAUUACCAUCUCUCUGAAUGUUGAACUGUAUUACCAUCUCUCCAAGGCUGACUGUUGAACUGUAUUACCAUCUCUCUGACUGCUGAACUGUAUUACCAUCUCUCCAAGGCUGACUGUUGAACUGUAUUACCAUCUCUCCAAGGCUGACUGUUGAACUGUAUUACCAUCUCUCCAAGGCUGACUGUUGAACUGUAUUACCAUCUCUCCAAGGCUGACUGUUGAACUGUAUUACCAUCUCUCCAAGGCUGACUGUUGAACUGUAUUACCAUCUCUCUGAAUGUUGAACUGUAUUACCAUCUCUCCAAGGCUGACUGUUGAACUGUAUUACCAUCUCUCUGACUGCUGAACUGUAUUACCAUCUCUCCAAGGCUGACUGUUGAACUGUAUUACCAUCUCUCCAAGGCUGACUGUUGAACUGUAUUACCAUCUCUCCAAGGCUGACUGUUGAACUGUAUUACCAUCUUCUUUGUGCCAAAUCAUAGUUUAUUAAAACCAUUUAGAGCUUUGCCAAGCGUCUCCGGCCAGGCCAGAAUGAAGCAGAGAUAAUAGACUUCAGCUGACCCUUCAGGGUGGCAGAGAGCAUCUGUCUAUCUGCUCUUGGGAAGUCAGGGAUCAAGUGUGUGUGUGUGUGUGUGUGUGUGUGUGUGUGUGUGUGUGUGUGUGUGUGUGUGUGUGUGUGUUUGUACUGUUUUCUUACACGUGUCCCCCCCCCCCCCCCCCCCCCCCCCCUGCAGCACAGCAGUGUGAAGGAUCUGUUGAGUACUGAGGACAAUGAGGGCUGCACUCCGCUCCACUACGCCUGCAAACUGGGCAUCCACCACUCUGUCAACAACAUCCUGGUUCCACAGGUCUCUCUGGAGCGCAAGUCCAAGGACAAGAAGUCUGCCUUACACUUCGCUGCCCAGUGAGUGGUGCUAUUAAUAGGGUAACAUACUAGGCCAAAUCUUCACUGCCCAGUCAGUGGUGUUAUUAAUAGGGUAACAUACAAGGAUGAUCUUCACUAUCCUGUCAGUGGCGUUAUUAAUAGGGUAACAUACUAUGCUAAUAUACAUUUAGCUGAUGCUCUUCUCUGCAGCUCCACAGUGACUGGUUUCAGCCAAACUUGCCUUUAAUAGCCAUUAAAGGUCAAAAGUUUUGAGAUUGACACAAGUAUUGGUCUUCACAAAGUUUGCUGCUUCAGCGUUAUGAGAUAUUUUUGUCAGAUGUUACUGUGGUAUACUGAAGUAGAAUUACAAGCAUUCCAUAAGUGUCAAAGGCUUUUAUUGACAAUUACAUUGAGUUUAUGCAAAGAGUCAAUAUUUGCAGUGUUGACUCUUCUUUUUCAAGGCCUCUGCAAUCCUCCCUGGCAUGCUGUCAAUUAACUUCUGGGCCACAUCCUGACUGAUGGCAGCCCAUUCUUGCAUAAUCAAUGCUUGUAGUUUGUCAGAAUUUGUGGGUUUUUGAUUGUGCACCUGCCUCUUGAUGGUUGAACACAAGUUCUCAAUGGGAUUAAGGUCUGGGGAGUUUCCUGGCCAUGGACCCAAAAUGUUGAUGUUUUGUUCCCCGAGCCACUUAGUUAUCACUUUUGCCUUAUGGCAAGGUGCUCCAUCAUGCUGGAAAAGGCAUUGGUCGUCACCAAAUUGUUCUUGGAUGGUUGGGAGAAGUUGCUCUCGGAGAAUGUGUUGGUACCAUUCUUUAUUCAUGGCUGUGUUCUUAGGCAAAAUUGUGAGUGAGCCCACUCCCUUGGCUGAGAAGCAACCCCACAUAAGAAUGGUCUCAGGAUGCUUUACUGUUGACAUGACACAGGACAGGAUGGUAGCGCUCACCUUGUCUUCUCCGGACAAGGUGUUUUCCGGAUGCCCUAAACAAUCGGAAAGGGGAUUCAUCAGAGAAAAUGACUUUACCCCAGUCCUCAGCAGUCCAAUCCCUGUACCUUUUGCAGAAUAUUAGUCUGUCCCUGAUGUUUUUCCUGGAGAGAAGUGGCUUCUUUGCUGCCCUUCUUGACACCAGGCCAUCCUCCAAAAGUCUUUGCUUCACUGUGCAUGCAGAUGCACUCACACCUGCCUGCUGCCAUUCCUGAGCAACCUCUGCACUGGUGGUGCCCCGAUCCCGCAGCUGAAUCAACUUUAGGAGACGGUCCUGGCGCUUGCUGGACUUCCUUGGGCGCCCUGACGCCUUCGUCACAACAAUUGAACCUCUCUCCUUGAAGUUCUUGAUGAUCCGAUAAAUGGUUGAUUUAGGUGCAAUCUUAAUAGCAGCAAUAUCCUUGCCUGUGAAGCCCUUUUUGUGCAAAGCAAUGAUGACGGCACGUGUUUCCUUGCAGGUAACUAUGGUUAACAGAGGAAGAACAAUGAUUUCAAGCACCACCCUCCUUUUUAAAGCUUCCAGUCUGUUAUUCUAACUCAAUCAGCAUGACAGAGUGAUCUCCAGCCUUGUCUUCGUCAACACUCUCAGCUGUGUUAACGAGAGAAUCACUGACAUGGCAGCUGGUCCUUUUUUGGCAGGGCUGAAAUGCAGUGGAAAAGUUUUUUGGUGAUUAUGUUCAUUUUCAUGGCAAAGAGGGAUUUUGCAAUUCAUUACAAUUCAUCUGAUCACUCUUCAUGACAUUCUGGAUUAUAUGCAAACUGCCAUAAUCAACACUGAGGCAGCAGACUUUGUGAAAAUUAGUAUUUGUGUCAUUCUCAAAACUUUUGACCACGACUGUAGUUUACAAACAAAUUUCUGUGCAGGGAGUCUAUCAUUUAUUUUGUACACUAUCCAAAACCAUUAUUUGAUAUUGUCUUUAGUGGCUAAUAUUUUUCUAAUCUCCUAUGAAAUUGAUCUAAAAGAAUGGAGAAGAGAUCAUAAAUCCCACUGUAUUGCUUUCAUCUAUUCUGUCUUUCCAGCUCAGCACAGGUGAAGGGGAGGAGGCCACUUUAGACGAUUGACACCCAUAGAGCUCGGUGGUGUCCCAAAUGGCAAGCGGCACCGGAGUGCCAAGUCUAGGUCCAAAAGACUUCUCAACAGCUUCUACCCCCAAGCCAUAAGACUCCUGAACAGCUAACCAUGGCUACCCGGACUAUUUGCACUGCCCCCCCACCCCAUCCUUUUUACGCUGCUGCUACUCUGUUAAUUAUUUAUGCAUAGUCACUUUAACUCUACCCACAUGUACAUAUUACCUCAACUACCUCAACUAGCCGGUGCCCCCGCACAUUGACUCUGCAACGGUUCCCCCCUGUAUAUAUAGCCUCCCUACUGUCACUUUAUUUUACUUCUGCUCUUUUUUUUCUCAACACUUUUUUUUGUUGUUGUUUUAUUUUAACUUUUUUUGUUAAAAAUAAAUGCACUGUUGGUUAAGGGCUGUAAGUAAGCAUUUCACUGUAAUGUCUGCACCUGUUGUAUUCGGCGCAUGUGACCAAUAAAAUUUGAUUUGAUUUGAUUUGAUUUGGUGCCCUAUUCCUUGUAAAGUGCACUAAGGCUCGGGUCAACAAUAGUGCACUAUAUAGGGAACAGGGUGCCAUUUGGGACAGUCUUCAUCUCUGAUUCAUUACAUCUAGGUGAAACCUAACGAGUCUGAUUUGAUCAUUAACCAAUGUAUUAAUAAUACACAAUGGAGUGCUUGCUACAGUGGAAUCCAAUUAAGGAAUAAACAUGUAAUGGAAUGCUCCUGAUAGUGUGAAAUGAGGGGACAUUAGCCAAUAUUAAUUGUUUGAUGAUGUAUUUUACAACACUGAUCAUUCCCUGAAUUAGACAAGUGAAACAAGUUGCAUUCAGUGAUACCUUAGCCUCAAGCCCUGUAUCACUUAUACUGAACGAUAAACCACAGGGUCAAAUCCUCCUCCUCCUCAUCCUCCAACCCAACCUCUUCCUAUAGUUGGUAUAGUAGGUAUGGUAACAUACCUGUUGUUGUAGUUGGUGCAGUAGGCCUUUCACUCUUCUCUCUUUUCCUCCUCCUCUUACUCCAUCCAUUCCUCUUCCUCUUCCUCCUCAUCCUCCUCAUCCUCCUCAUCCUCCUCCUCUUACUCCAUCCAUUCCUCUUCCUCUUCCUGUUCCUCCUCAUCCUCCUCCUCUUACUCCAUCCAUUCCUCUUCCUCUUCCUGUUCCUCCCCUCCUCGUCCUCCUCCUCUUACUCCAUCCAUUCCUCUUCCUCUUCCUGUUACUCCCCUCCUCGUCCUCCUCCUCUUACUCCAUCCAUUCCUCUUCCUCUUCCUGUUCCUCCUCAUCCUCCUCAUCCUCCUCCUCUUACUCCAUCCAUUCCUCUUCCUCUUCCUGUUACUCCCCUCCUCGUCCUCUCUCUCCUCCAACACACAUUUUGCUCCUCUCUCCUGUCUCAGGUAUGGUCAUAUACAGAUGUAGGAUCUUAAUUUGAUCACUCUGUUGCUGGAUAACUUUCCUGCAACGCAGGAAAAGUAAAACGUGCAGUGUAUUUGAGGUUUAAAAAGGCAUCUGAAGUUUGUAAUUUCCACAUUGAAAUUUCAGACUUGAUUUUCCCUCACAAAAAAUGUAUCAACCCCUACAAAAAUGGCCAUGAAUUACACCUUCCUAAUAUUGAGUUGCACCCCUUUUGCCCUCAGAACAGCCUCAAUUCGUCGGGGCAUGGACUCUACAAGGUGUCGAAAGCAGUCCACAGGGAUGCUGGCCAAUGUUGACUCCAGUGCUCCCCACAGUUGGCUGGAUUUCCUUUGGUUGGUGGACCAUUCUUAAUACACACGGGAAACUGUUGAGCGUGAAAAACCCAGCAGGGUUGUAGUUCUUGACACACUCAAACCGGUGUGCCUGGAACCAACUAUCAUACCCCGUUCAAAGGCACAUCAAUAUUUUGUCUUGCCCAUUCACCCUCUGAAUGGCACACAUACACAAUACAUGUCUCAAUGUCUCAAGGCCUGUCUCCUCCCUUUCAUCUGCACUGAUUGAAGUGGAUUUAACAGGUGACAUCAAUAAAGGAUCAUAGCUUUCACCUGGAGUCACCUGGUCAGUCUAUGCCAUGGAAAUAGCAGAUGUUCCUAAUGUUUUGUACACUCAGUGUAUAAUCAACAUAAUCAUUUCCUGUUGCUGCAGGAUUAUUUUCCUGCUGGAGCAAACUUUAAGAUCCUACAUCUGUUGUAUUAACACCAGGUACACCCAUAACCCUCCUCUCCUCUUCCGUCUCAUCAGGUAUGGUCAUAUUAACACCAGGUAUACCCAUAACCCUCCUCUCCUCUUCCGUCUCAUCAGGUAUGGUCGUGUCAACACCUGCCAGCGUCUGCUGGAGACCAUCCCAGACUCCCGCCUGCUGAACGAGGGGGACGAGAGAGGCUUGACCCCGCUACACCUGGCCUCUGGAGGGGGACACACCAAGGUGGUGGACCUGCUGCUUCGUAAAGGAGCCCUCUUUCGCUGGUACCAACACUAACAACAUCUGUACAUUAAUAGGCCUACUGUUCAUAGUUAUGAAGACAGUUGCUCUGGUUUUUUGGCACGUAUUUUCAAAUCAAAUCAGAUGUUAUUUGCCACAUGCGCCGAAUACAACAGGUGUAGACAUUACAGUGAAAUGCUUACUUACAAGCCCUUAACCAACACUGCAGUUUAUGACAAUUUUUUAAAAAGCAAAUAUUUAAAGAGCAGCAGUAAAAUAAAAUAACAGUAGGGAGGUUAUAUACAGGGGGUACCGGUACAGAGUCAAUGUGCGAGGGCACCGGUUAGUCGAGGUAAUUGAGGUAAUAUGUACAUGUGGGUAGAGUUAAAGUGACUAUGCAUAACUAAUUAACAGAGUAGCAGCAGCGUAAAAGGAUGGGGUGGGGGGGCAAUGCAAAUAGUCUGGGUAGCCAUGAUUAGUUGUUCAGGAGUCUUAUGGCUUGGGGGUAGAAGCUGUUAAGAAGCCUUUUGGACCUAGACUUGGCGCUCCGGUACCGCUUGCCAUGCGGUAGCAGAGAGAACAGUCUAUGACUAGGGUGGCUGGAGUCUUUUUAGGGCCUUCCUCUGACACCGCCUGGUGUAGAGGUCCUGGAUGGCAGGAAGCUUGGACCCAGUGAUGUACUGGGCCGUACGCACUACCCUCUGUAGUGCCUUGCGGUCAGAGGCCGAGCAGUUACCAUACCAGGCGGUGAUGCAACCAGUCAGGAUGCUCUCGAUGGUGCAGCUGCAUAACUUUUUGAGGAUCUGAGUACCCAUGGCAAAUCUUUUCAGUCUCCUGGGGGGGAAUAGGCUUUGUCGUGCCCUCUUCACGACUGUCUUGGUGUGUUUGGACCAUGAUAGUUUGUUGGUGAUGUGGACACCAAGGAGCUUGAAGCUCUCAACCUGUUCCACUACAGCCCCGUCGAUGAGAAUGGGGGUGUGCUCAGUCCUCUUUUUUUCCCUGUAGUCCACGAUCAUAAUUGGGUCUCUAACUGUUUGCAACCCACAUUCAAGUCAAUCUGUAAAUAUUGUCUUAGGAGUUGGGUCACCAACAUUUCUGUAAAUGUCCCAAAAGUCCCUGGUUAUCCAGAAAUCCCAGUUGGAAUAUUACUAGAAUCAGGAGGGAAUAAACAGAAAAUCUGGCAAUUCUUCAACCAGGAUUUAUGGGAGACCUGUGAAUUUUGAGGAAGUUAGUUGACCAUAGAAAUAGAAUGAAUAGAACUGGUGUCCCCAUUUAAGUCAAUGAUGGCAUAAUGGGUUGACUGGCGGUGUCACGAUCGUCUACGAGAGAGGACCAAUGCGCAGCGUUGCAGGCACACAUACUCUUUAUUGAGUGAAAACACGAUCAAAACAAACAAAGACGGUAACGUGACAGUUCACGGUGAAACUAAACCAACUAGAAACAAGAACCCACAAAACCAAAGGAAAAACCGACAGAUUAAAUAUGGCUCCCAAUCAGAGACAACCAGCCGACAGCUGACACUCGUUGCCCCUGAUUGGGAGUCACACCGGCAAACAUAGAAAAUAGACAACCUAGAACACCCACCAAAGAAACAGAAAACAUAGAAUGAACACACCCUGGCUCAACAUAAUGAGUCCCCGAGCCAGGGUGUGACAGGCGGCCAUUGCAGUUACCCAUAACUCUGAGUAUGGCAAACUGCAUACUUGGAGUGUGUCUGAAAGUGGGCAUUGCAAAAGAAGUGGGUGGAUCAAUAGUGAUCGGUGUGACAUCAGUGGGUGGAUCAACAGUGAUCGGCGUGACAUCAGUGGGUGGAUCAACAGUUAUGUGUGUGACAUCAGUGGGUGGAUCAACAGUGAUCGGUGUGACAUCAGUGCUCCAUUCUUGGUUAGACCGGCCAUAGCCAGGUGCACCGCAGGUCAGCUUAAUAUUUAUAUAAUAGGUUAAGAGAACUAACGUAGCAGGUUACAUUUACAUUUACGUCAUUUAGCAGACGCUCUUAUCCAGAGCGACUUACAAAUUGGUGCAUUCACCUUAUAGCCAGUGGGAUAACCACUUUACAAUAUGUAUUUUUUUUUUUGGGGGGGGUGGGGUAAGGGGGGGUAGAAGGAUUACUUUAUCCUAUCCCAGGUAUUCCUUAAAGAGGUGGGGUUUCAAGUGUCUCCGGAAGGUGGUGAGUAACUCCGCUGUCCUGGCGUCGUGAGGGAGCUUGUUCCACCAUUGGGGUGGCAGAGCAGCGAACAGUUUUGACUGGGCUGAGCGGGAACUGUGCUUCCGCAGAGGAAGGGGAGCCAGCAGGCCAGAGGUGGAUAAACGCAAUGCCCUCGUUUGGGUGUAGGGACUGAUCAGAGCCUGAAGGUACGGAGGUUGCCGUUCCCCUCACAGCUCCGUAGGCAAGCACCAUGGUCUUGUAGCAGAUGCGAGCUUCAACUGGAAGCCAGUGGAGUGUGCGGAGGAGCGGGGUGACCUGAGAGAACUUGGGAAGGUUGAACACCAGACGGGCUGCGGCAUUCUGGAUGAGUUGUAGGGGUUUAAUGGCACAGGCAGGGAGCCCAGCCAACAGCGAGUUGCAGUAAUCCAGACGGGAGAUGACAAGGGCCUGGAUUAGGACCUGUGCCGCUUCCUGUGUAAGGCAGGGUCAUAGAAGGUUAGGAUAAUUAACGUGGCAUGUUAGGAGAAUGAGGUUAAGGUUAGGAAAAGGGUUCGCUAAAAUGCUACAGUUGUCAACAAUCGACUCGUUGUGCAGCCCAAUCAGCCUCUCAAAACAGUUGAGUGGCAACAAAUCUGCCCAGUUAGCUGAUUCGCUUUCCAUACACCCACUUCUGUUGACAAGCCCACUUCAUUUGAACAAACAUUCUACAUUACCACGGAAAUGAUUGCAUCACAAUACCAGGCAGCCAUUGGGACUUUACCCAUGAGUUCACCAGUCAAACAGCCAGGGUUAGGGGCUCCAGUCUCCAUUCUAUGCAUUUGAUUUCUACAGUUGCAACCCCACAUAGGAGGAUGUCAGUGUGAUAUUGUAACUAAGUCCUGCUGUAUUUGUCCUCAGUGCUGUCUGUAUGUCUGUCUCUCUAUUCCUUAGUGAUUACAAAGGGUGGACCUGUCUACACCAUGCCGCGGCGGAGGGGUACACUCGGACCGUGAAGAUCGUCCUGGCAACCAACAUCAAACUACUGGACAAGCUGGACGAGGAUGGGGUUCGGACAACCUUUAUGUUUCAUUCAGACUACCUUUAUGUUUCAUUCAGACUACCUUUAUGUUUCAUUCAGACAACCUUUAUGUUUCAUUCAGACCACAUUUAUGUUUCAUUCAGACCACCUUUAUGUUUCAUUCAGACAACCAUUAUGUUUCAUUCAGACCACCUUUAUGUUUCAUUCAGACAACCAUUAUGUUUCAUUCAGACAACCUUUAUGUUUCAUUCGGACAACCUUUAUGUUUCAUUCGGACAACCUUUAUGUUUCAUUCGGACAACCUUUAUGUUUCAUUCAGACAACCUUUAUGUUUCAUUCAGACAACCUUUAUGGUUCAUUCGGACAACCUUUAUGUUUCAUUCAGACAACCUUUAUGUUUCAUUCAGACAACCUUUAUGUUUCAUUCAGACCACCUUUAUGUUUCAUUCAGACAACCUUUAUGUUUCAUUCAGACAACCAUUAUGUUUCAUUCAGACCACCUUUAUGUUUCAUUCGGACAACCAUUAUGUUUCAUUCAGACCACCUUUAUGUUUCAUUCAGACCACCUUUAUGUUUCAUUCGGACAACCUUUAUGUUUCAUUCAGACCACCUUUAUGUUUCAUUCAGACAACCUUUAUGUUUCAUUCGGACAACCUUUAUGUUUCAUUCAGACCACCAUUAUGUUUCAUUCAGACAACCUUUAUGUUUCAUUCAGACCACCUUUAUGUUUCAUUCGGACAACCUUUAUGUUUCAUUCGGACAACCUUUAUGUUUCAUUCGGACAACCUUUAUGUUUCAUUCAGACAACCUUUAUGUUUCAUUCAGACAACCUUUAUGGUUUCAUUCGACAACCUUAUGUUUCAUUCAGACAACCUUUAUGUUUCAUUCAGACAACCUUUAUGUUUUCAUUCAGACCACCUUUAUGUUUCAUUCAGACAACCUUUUGUUUCAUUCAGACAACCUUAUGUUUCAUUCAGACCACCUUUAUGUUUCAUUCGGACAACCAUUAUGUUUCAUUCAGACCACCUUUAUGUUUCAUUCAGACCACCUUUAUGUUUCAUUCAGACAACCUUUAUGUUUCAUUCAGACCACCUUUAUGUUUCAUUCAGACAACCUUUAUGUUUCAUUCGGACAACCUUUAUGUUUCAUUCAGACCACCAUUAUGUUUCAUUCAGACAACCUUUAUGUUUCAUUCAGACCACCUUUAUGUUUUCAUUCGACAACCAUUAUGUUUCAUUCAGACAACCUUUAUGUUUCAUUCGGACAACCUUUAUGUUUCAUUCGGACAACCUUUAUGUUUCAUUCGGACAACCUUUAUGUUUCAUUCAGACAACCAUUAUGUUUCAUUCGGACAACCUUUAUGUUUCAUUCGGACAACCUUUAUGUUUCAUUCGGACAACCUUUAUGUUUCAUUCGGACAACCUUUAUGUUUCAUUCAGACAACCUUUAUGUUUCAUUCAGACCACCUUUAUGUUUCAUUCAGACAACCUUUAUGUUUCAUUCAGACAACCUUUAUGUUUCAUUCAGACAUCCUUUAUGUUUCAUUCAGACCACCUUUAUGUUUCAUUCAGACAACCUUUAUGUUUCAUUCAGACAACCAUUAUGUUUCAUUCAGACAACCUUUAUGUUUCAUUCGGACAACCUUUAUGUUUCAUUCGGACAACCUUUAUGUUUCAUUCGGACAACCUUUAUGUUUCAUUCGGACAACCUUUAUGUUUCAUUCAGACAACCUUUAUGUUUCAUUCGGACAACCUUUAUGUUUCAUUCGGACAACCUUUAUGUUUCAUUCAGACAACCUUUAUGUUUCAUUCAGACAACCUUUAUGUUUCAUUCAGACAACCUUUAUGUUUCAUUCAGACAACCUUUAUGUUUCAUUCAGACCACCUUUUUGUUUCAUUCAGACAACCUUUAUGUUUCAUUCAGACCACCAUUAUGUUUCAUUCAGACCACCUUUAUGUUUCAUUCGGACAACCAUUAUGUUUCAUUCAGACCACCUUUAUGUUUCAUUCAGACCACCUUUAUGUUUCAUUCGGACAACCUUUAUGUUUCAUUCAGACCACCUUUAUGUUUCAUUCAGACAACCUUUAUGUUUCAUUCAGACCACCUUUAUGUUUCAUUCAGACAACCUUUAUGUUUCAUUCAGACAACCUUUAUGUUUCAUUCAGACCACCUUUAUGUUUCAUUCAGACCACCUUUAUGUUUCAUUCAGACAACCAUUAUGUUUCAUUCAGACAACCAUUAUGUUUCAUUCAGACCACCGUUAUGUUUCAUUCAGACAACCUUUAUGUUUCAUUCAGACAACCUUUAUGUUUCAUUCAGACCACCGUUAUGUUUCAUUCAGACAACCUUUAUGUUUCAUUCAGACAACCUUUAUGUUUCAGUGGCGCAGUGGUCUAAGGCAAUGCAUCACUGUGCCACUAGAUCCUGGUUCGAAUCCAGGCUCUGUCGCAGCCGGCCGCGACCGGGAGACUCAUGGGCGGCGCACAAUUGGCCCAGCGUCGUCCAGGGUAGGGGAGGGAAUGGCCGGCAGGGAUGUAGCUCAGUUCGUUUCCCACGGGGGGCCAGUAUAAAAAAAUAUGUAUUCACUAACUGUGAGUCGCUCUGGAUAAGAGCGUCUGCUAAAUGACUAAAAUGUAAUUGUGUGUUUUGCAAAGUUCAGGACAAAACUAUUUAGCAUACGUAAUUCCGUUUUUAACCACCAUGUAUACAAAAUAAAACAAAACAAUCAUGAUAUGUAGCCUAGCCUGACAUUCUAACAGCAAUAAGCACCCUCUUUGGAAACAAAACUAUUCUUCACACACUUCUUAAUGAAUGAAUGGAUAAACGUGCCUGGUGAUUGUGUUGGUUUGGUGAUGAUUUGAAUUCACAAAUGGUGUUGUUGUUGUUGUUGUGAUCAGAGCACUGCGCUGCACGUGGCAGCCAGGGAGGGCCAUGUAGCUGCAGUCUCACUGCUGCUGCGGAGAGGGGCGGAGAUCAGCCUCAACAAGAACCACGCCUCCUUCUUCCACGAAGCACUGCAACAUGGGAGGAAGGACGUGGUUAACUCCAUCAUAGACAGUGACAGGUCGGUCCAGAAGACAAAAUACUCUAUCGAUCCAGUCCACGAAAAUUAUUUAUAAUGUUCUUGGGUCCUUCCAGAUAAAGAUAUGUUCAUGUGUAUGUGUUUGCUGUUUGUGUAUUACAGAUGUACUCACAUCCUGAGGACGUUCAAACAUGAAGCUGGCCAACGUUGUCCAGUGUUGGACCUGGUUGACUUGCUGCCAGAGUCUUGCAAGGUUUGCUCCGACUUUCUUGGUAAAAUAGGGGUUAGUGAUGAUACGUUCGAGCAUCGACUUUUUUAGGUAGGUGAAGGAAGAAAAUAUAUUGAGAAAAGAGAGCAACGUAGCAAUAUGCCUACUGUAUGUAGUUAUCAUGGGUGUCCUGAGAACAAAUAUAUUAUAUCCCAUUGCUGAAAACUAGAAGUUCAAGUUCUCAGUCAACUUACUUGAUAAAAUAAGGGUUCAUGAUAAUAUGCUUGUGCGUUGACUUUUGCAAAUACAUAAAUGUGGAGGAAAAUCCCAAGUGACCAUUAGGUUAACCAGGCGAUUAACCAGGUGAUUAACCAGGUGAUUAACCAGGUGAUUUCACCUCAUCUCCCUGUACCUGUUAAGCGCCUACUGGACCGCUGCAUCAGAGAAUCAGACGACGACAUCAAAAGUCCUGAUUACCACGUGAGUAUAUUCUACACAUUUAAUACCAGGGAUGCAAAAUGACAGUAACUUGAAAGAAAUUCCCUGGUUUUCCAGAAAUCCGGGUUGGAGGAUUCCCUGUUUCCCCUGCCUAUUCCCUCUAGAUUCCGGGAAUCUUCCAACCAGUAUUUCAUGGAAAACCUGAACAGUUUUGGGAAAGUGAAUGGAAUUUUGCAACCCUACUGUACGAUUGCAGUUUGGACAUUUCUUACAAUUUCAAAUGUUUUUUUUAUUUUUUUAUUUUGUGUAGAUCGAGUACAAUUUCCAGUGGCUUCAGGCUCCAAUAGCACUGAAGAAGCAUGCGAAGAUUAACAAAAGCCUGAAGAUCCAGCCUCUGGCAACUCUGAAUGUAAGAACAAUACAAGUACAUUACACUAUUUUACCUCAGCUUUACUGUAAAAGCAAGCCUAUUCUGUUCAGAACAGUGAGCUCCCGUGACAGCGAGAGAUCUAACGAGAACGAGUUUCACCUCGCUGUAAAACAGCCUGGUGAAGGUAUAUUAAGACAGAAAUGUCGGGGGUACAAAAGAUCCAUUAACUGUUGGAAGCAUCAAGAUCACCAGUGUGCUGGAGUUUUCUUUUUAAUUAAGAGAGAGAUUAUUAUCCGAUACAGUGAUCCAAAUAAUCGCCAACCUGUUAUUCUCUCUCUCAGGCCAUGGUGAAAUAUAACUGCAUAGAGCUCCUCUCACACCCCGUCUGCAAGAAAUACCUGCAGAUGAAGUGGUCAGUAUUCAGAGUAAUCUAGGACCCUGUUCCAUAUAGCAGGGGUCGGAACUGAAAUUAUUUUCCCAAUCGUUUAGUUUUGAACAGAACCACCAUUUUGUUCGUUCCUUUCCACUGUUCCGACCAGCAAAAUAAAGUUAUGAACUGGUUAGAACCCAAAAAAAAAAAGUACAGGUUUAAAUCAGUCCUUUUUAAUCUAGGAAAUCAUUUUUUAAAAUUACAUUUAGCUCAUUAAACUACCUCAGCCAAGCUGGUUGUUUACAUGCGUGAUGGACAGACAAGUGUAGCCUAUGGCGCAAGAUGCGACUGACAUUUUGAGGGUGGGUAGAGAGCGAGAGAGGGUUGAGGAGGAGGCUUGAAGCGCUGCGCAUCUUGUUAUGACAUGCAUUAUCUGAAUUAGGUCCACAGAAUUAUACCUUGGAGGAGCGGCUUCUAUGGAGGAACUUUGAAUGUCCUUUGAGCUAGCGAGCGAACAAGCUUGUGUGUGCAGAGCGGCACCAGAAUUAAAAACACCUCUUACCUUUUUGUAGUUAAUAAACUGGGACUAUAGUAUCCUUAACUAGCAUUGAAAAAGUUAAUCCCAUUCUUCUCUAGCCAAUAAAACAUCUCCACAUCUUCUGAAUCACGAUUAUAACGUCAGUACAGUAGCCUAUGCUUCGGAGGGGGGAGGGGCAGUUAGCCUAAACACGCACACACUGGCAAAGAUUUUCAAUUUGCAGACACUGGUUUUGCAUAGGCGCUUUAUUUCAAUUUUUUGCGUGACUUUAUGCCUGGAACGUUUUAUUUAUUUAGUAUUUAACCUUUAUUUAACUAGGCAAGUCAGUUAAGAACAAAUUCUUAUUUACACUGACGGCCUCCAAGAGGCUAAAGGCCUCCUGAGGGACGAAGGCUGGGAUAAAAAAAUAAAAAAGUAGGACAAAACACACAUCACAGCAAGAGAGACGCCACAACACUACAUAAAGAGAGACACCACAACACUACAUAAAGAGAGACACCACAACACUACAUAAAGAGAGACACCACAACACUACAUAAAGAGAGACGCCACAACACUACAUAAAGAGAGACACCACAACACUACAUAAAGAGAGACACCACAACACUACAUAAAGAGAGACACCACAACACUACAUAAAGAGAGACACCACAACACUACAUAAAGAGAGACGCCACAACACUACAUAAAGAGAGACACCACAACACUACAUAAAGAGAGACGCCACAACACUACAUAAAGAGAGACACCACAACACUACAUAAAGAGAGACACCACAACACUACAUAAAGAGAGACACCACAACACUACAUAAAGAGAGACACCACAACACUACAUAAAGAGAGACACCACAACACUACAUAAAGAGAGACACCACAACACUACAUAAAGAGAGACACCACAACACUACAUAAAGAGAGACACCACAACACUACAUAAAGAGAGACACCACAACACUACAUAAAGAGAGACACCACAACACUACAUAAAGAGAGACACCACAACACUACAUAAAGAGAGACACCACAACACUACAUAAAGAGAGACACCACAACACUACAUAAAGAGAGACACCACAACACUACAUAAAGAGAGACACCACAACACUACAUAAAGAGAGACGCCACAACACUACAUAAAGAGAGACGCCACAACACUACAUAAAGAGAGACGCCACAACACUACAUAAAGAGAGACGCCACAACACUACAUAAAGAGAGACGCCACAACACUACAUAAAGAGAGACACCACAACACUACAUAAAGAGAGACACCACAACACUACAUAAAGAGAGACACCACAACACUACAUAAAGAGAGACGCCACAACACUACAUAAAGAGAGACGCCACAACACUACAUAAAGAGAGACACCACAACACUACAUAAAGAGAGACACCACAACACUACAUAAAGAGAGACCUAAGACAACAACAUGGUAGCAAUACAACAUGACAGCAGCACGACAUGGUAGCAGCACAAAACAUGGUACAAACAUUAGAGAAUGUUAUUGACCGGUUCCAAUGCUUUUAAAAUAACGUUUCUGUUCCGGAACAGUAUGGAUCACUUUCGUUCCAGGUUUCGUUCCUUGAAAAAUGUUGUUAUUUUUCCGGUUUUCGGUUCUGUUCCCUGAACCGGUUCCAACCCUUGCUAUACAGUACACUGAUUUUUGACCAGGGCCCAUAAGGCUUUUAUGAUUCUUCUGUUCCCAACUGCAGGGUGGCCUACGGGAGCGCUGCUCACCUUCUGAACCUGUUUGUGUACCUGCUUGGCCUACUUCCUCUCACCCACCUCAUAGUGAGCCUGAGACCCAGCCUGGACUACACCGGCCCUGACAACACCACAGCUGUCACCAUGGUGCCCAUUUCCUUCAGAGAGGUACCGCACGCUGAUACUCACUGCAUGGCUGUCAGAUUCCAGGUGCUGUGGGCUCCGCUGUAAUGGUAUGCGAGUGUGUUAGGAGGAAUUGUAAUGAAAGGAGCAGAUGCUUUUGUGUUAACAAACAAAAGAAAGCGAGUGCAUGGGGGAGACCUUGCCAAAAAUGGAUUGGCUAGUGAAUAACACAACCUGUAUCAAUUUACUAGUGGGAAUAAAAAUGACCUGAUUCUCACAAUCGGCCUUAGUAAAGGUCUAGUGGUCAAACAGUUCAAUGGAGGUGAUUUCCAUUAUGCAUUCGCUUGUAUAUUGUAUAUAAACAACACACUGUUAUAGAACAGGGUUUCCCAAACUUGGUCCUGGGGACCCAAAGGGUUGCACAUUUUCGAUGUUUACCCUGGCACUACACAUCUGAUUCGCUGAACGUUGCAUCUGAACGCUGCUAUAGAAAGACAGAUUCCGUUUAGUCAAGGUUACAGGUUAUUGAGGCGAUUCGUACAGUACAUUACAACUGUCCCUAUGUAUUGCACUAUAUAGGGAAUAGGGUGCCAUUCUCUGGUCUAAAGUAGUGCACUAUAUAGGGAAUAGGGUGCCAUUUGGGAUGCAUCCCGAAGGUCUCUGGUCAGGGCCCGCAGGUCUCUGGUCAGGGCCCGCAGGUCUCUGGUCAGGGCCCGCAGGUCUCUGGUCAGGGGUCACAGGUCUCUGGUCAGGGCCCGCAGGUCUCUGGUCAGGGCCCGCAGGUCUCUGGUCAGGGGUCGCAGGUCUCUGGUCAGGGCCCGCAGGUCUCUGGUCAGGGCCCGCAGGUCUCUGGUCAGGGCCCGCAGGUCUCUGGUCAGGGGUCGCAGGUCUCUGGUCAGGGGUCGCAGGUCUCUGGUCAGGGCCCGCAGGUCUCUGGUCAGGGCCCGCAGGUCUCUGGUCAGGGCCCGCAGGUCUCUGGUCAGGGGUCGCAGGUCUCUGGUCAGGGGUCGCAGGUCUCUGGUCAGGGCCCGCAGGUCUCUGGUCAGGGCCCGCAGGUCUCUGGUCAGUGCACUAAAAUAGUGAAUAGGGUGCCGUUAAGGACACAGCCAGUUUGCCUUUGACAAGUUUGUACUUUUCCACCUAAAAUAUUUGUGAUUAUUGUAUAUCAUUAUUUUAUGUAGCCGACUGCCACAGCAGCAGAGAGUUCGAGUCAGUUCAUAUGCAUUGUCGCUGAAGUGCUUGCUACACACAUGCAGCAAUAUAAGGUUUGCUGCAGUAGUUUCUACAUCGUAUUUACUAUUUCUAAUUGCUACCAACCUUUUGCAUCUCUAUGUAUCUUUUACCGGAAAACGGUUACAUUUUUUUUAUUUUUACCUUUAUUUAACUAGGCAAGUCAGUUAAGAACAAAUUCUUAUUUACAAUGACGGCCUACACCGGCCAAACCCGGACGACGCUGGGCCAAUUGUGCGCCGCCCUAUGGGACUCCCAAUCACGGCCCGUUGUGAUACAGCCUGGAAUCGAACCAGGGGGUCUGUAGUGACGCCUCAAGCACUGAGCUGCAGUGCCUUAGACCGCUGCGCCACUCGGGAGACUUCUUCCCUUGAUUUCCUUUAUAAAGUGCAGCCAGGGAUCGAACACCAGCCUGCUCUUACAACCGUCUCUGUUUCCACUUUGUAUAACUAACUUUACCUGCGAUAUUCCUAACUCUAUCAACUUUCGCACCAGCUCCUUCUCCCACCAAAUAAAACUGACGUCAAGCUCCAUUUAAGGGCAUAUUGUGACCAGAGUGUACCCCACGAGGGCACACAUGCGCAGUUGUUACCCAUCUCCACUGCUGUGGCAGUCAGCUACAUAAAAUAAUUAUAUAAAAUAAUCGCAAAUGUUUUAGGUGGAAAAGUACACAUUUCCUGACUCAAAACCGAUAGUACAAAAAUAGCUAAGUCGGCCGCAAGCUUUCAAUAAAACAAUAAAUGUGUCCACAGUCGCGGAUUUGUGAAUCAUGCAUUCACUGACAACGGAGCAGAGCGGGGUCCUGCAUCCAGCAAUGUCAUGAGUCACAUGACCCGUUUUUGCAGCUGUCUCAGUUCUGCACUCCAGGGAGAGAGAGAGGGGGAGAGGGCAAACUCGUACUGAACUAGUUUCAAUAUAUGGAAUCACUUGGGUUUUUAGGUAUUUUGGGUAAACUUCUCCUUUAAAUCUGAAGACCUUUGACCUUUGUUGACCUUUGCCCCACAGCAAGGCUCCUUCCUGUUCAGCUGCAUGGUGAUGGUGCUGGUGAUGAACAUUUAUUCCAUGGGGAAGGAAGUGAUGCAGAUGUACCACCAGGUAGACCUUCAGUUCAGGCAGACAUACAGACCAUCGCUGGGGAUCUCUUAUUUAGACCUGUGACCAACAGUAAAGAUGUGCAAAAGACGAACGUUUACAUCUGCAAUGAUUACAGGUUACUGGUGACUGGUGCCAGUUUCUGCCUGUAACUUGCUAGUUGCUAUUUAUUGGUGGUGUCAAGAACAUUGUAGGGCUUUUAUGCAGAAGGCGCUGGUUAAACAGUGGACUAUUGUCAGUUCUUCCGUGUGUGAUCAAUUGGGCUAAUACAAAAGCAACAAUCUUUGCAGUAGGCUUCAUAAUUUGAAUACUCACUCAGCUCAAGUAAAGUUUUGUCAGUCUUGCAUUAAAGUCAAUUGGAGGCUCGUUCUAAAAUGAGAGUUCCAGCCGUGUACCUGACACUCAUGUUUUCUCUCCAUAGCGUUUGAGUUACUUCAAGGACCCCUUUAACUGUCAGGACUGGGUGGUGGCCAUCUUCUCUCUUCUCUUCGUCAUCCCCCUGUACUUCAACGCUGAGGGGUCCUGGCACUGGCAGGCUGGGGCAAUGGCAGUCUUUUAAUCCUGGAUUAGCUUCCUCCUCUAUCUGCAAAGGUAUUUACCAACUGUCCAAAAACAAUGUAGCUGACUUUUCCUCGGUCUAGACUCUAGACUGACAAUAAUGUUUAUUUUUAUUUUUUGACUGUCGUUUUUUUGACUAUUGUAAGUGGUGCACAAAUCAAUGGAGUUACUUGAUUGAUUGGUUGACAUAUCAAAUGUUUUUAAAAUCCUUCCUGCGUUUACUAUGUCCAGGUUUGAACACUUUGGGAUCUACGUGGUGAUGUUUAACGAGAUUGCGAAGACAUUGUGGAAAAUCCUACUGCUGUUCCUCUUUCUGAUGCUGGCUUUCGCCUUGGUCUUCCACGCCCUCAUGCUCAAC